ACUAUGUUAGCACUUCUGAGCAGUCGUGCAUUCCCCGCCUCGCCUCGGGUGUAGGGAUUGCAAAAAACAAAACUACACCGUCAAGACUGUGUAGUUUUGUUUUUAUGGUUAGAGGCUCAUCAAUUCUCAUGCUGGGAUUGUCUAAAAAAAUCUUACUCUGGAUAAGGACGUCGUUCAAGAAGAUUUCGUUGGGCUUAGCCCACUCCUACAGGCACUUUGAGAUCUCAGAGUGCCUGUAAAGAUGACAACGAAAGCACCAACAUUUACGCAGCCGUUACAAAGUGUUGUGGCACUGGAGGGUAGUGCCGCAACCUUUGAGGCUCAUAUUAGUGGUUUCCCAGUUCCUGAGGUGAGCUGGUAUCGGGAUGGCCAGGUUCUCUCUGCUGCAACUCUGCCCGGAGUGCAGAUCUCGUUUAGUGAUGGCCGCGCUAAACUAGUGAUCCCCUCCGUGACAGAAGCAAACAGUGGAAGAUAUACCAUACAAGCCACCAAUGGAUCUGGGCAAGCAACUAGUACUGCUGAGCUACUUGUUACAGCUGGAACUGCACCGCCAAACUUUUCACAACGACUACAGAGCAUGACUGCAAGGCAGGGAAGUCAAGUUCGACUUGAUGUGAGAGUGACUGGAAUCCCUACACCUGUGGUGAAGUUUUAUCGGGAUGGAGUAGAAAUCCAAAGCUCCCCCGAUUUUCAAAUUUUACAAGAAGGAGACCUUUACAGCCUAAUAAUUGCAGAAGCAUAUCCUGAAGACUCCGGCACUUAUUCAGUAAAUGCCACAAAUAACGUGGGACGUGCUACUUCAACAGCUGAACUGCUGAUUCAAGGUGAAGAAGAAGCCGUUCCUGCUAAAAAGACAAAAACAAUUGUUUCGACUGCUCAGAUUUCACAAACAAGACAAGCCAGAAUUGAAAAGAAGAUUGAAGCCCACUUUGAUGCCAGAUCACUUACAAGUGUUGAAAUGGUCAUAGAAGGUGCAACAGCCCAACAGCUCCCACACAAAGCACCUCCACGAAUGCCUCCUAGACCUACAUCAAAAUCACCAACUCCACCAGUAAUUACUGCAAAAGCUCAAAUGGCACGACAGCAGUCACCAUCACCUGUAAGACAAUCACCAUCACCUGUAAGACAUGUCAGAGCACCAACACCCUCACCAGUAAGGUCCGUUUCUCCUGCUGGGAGAAUCUCCACCUCUCCUAUUCGACCAGUGAAAUCUCCAUCACCAAUCCGUAAAGCACAGGUAGUGACACCUGGGGCUGAAGUCCUUCCUCCUUGGAGGCAGGAAGGAUAUUCUGCAACCGCUGAAGCCCAGAUGAAGGAAACCAGAUUAUCCACAAGUGCUACUGAAUUAACAACUGAAGAAAGAUGGGAAGGGAGAUACGGGCUGCAAGAACAAGUUACUAUUAGUGGUGCCGCUGCUGGUGAGGUCGCAGCUGCUGCUAAAGAGGUGAGAAGGGACAGUGAAAAAACAGCAGCUGUUGCUACGGUUGUUGCUGCUGUGGAUCAAGCCAUGGUGAGAGAACCAGCUCCAAGUGUUGUAGAGCAAGCUGCUAAAAGGACAGCAAUGACUGCCGUCCAUGUUCAGCCUGUUCAGGAGCAGAUGAGAAAGGAGGCAACGGUACUAGUUACCAGUGAUAAAGCUACAAAACAAACAGUAAUAUCAAGAACUAGAGAAGGAAUUGUUACUUCACAAGAGCAAAGGCACAUCUCUCAUGAAAAGGUAAGAAAAGAACCAGAGAAAACUCCAGUACCCACAGUAAUAAUUGCCACAGACAAAGCCAAAGAACAAGAGAGAAUAUCAACAGCUAGAGAAGAAAUAUCAGCCCGACAUGAGCAAGUACAUGUUUCUCAUGAACAAAUAAGAAGGGAAGAUGUGAAACCCUCUGUACCAAAGGUGGUGAUUACCACUGAUAAACCUAAAGCUCCAGUCUUAAUAUCAAAAAGUAAAGAAGGAAUUGCAACCAAACAAGAACGUGUGAGCAUAAGCCAUGAAAAGAUUAAAAAGGAAGCUAAGAAAACUACUGUAGUUCCGAAAAUAAUUGCACCAGUCACAGUGUCCAGAACUAGAGAAGAAAUUACAGCCAAGCAAGAAAAAGUGCAUCUAGCUUAUGAUCAGAUUGAAGCUGAUAAAAAGGCUGAAGCUGUAGCUACAGUUGUUGCAGCUGUUGAUCAGGCGCGUGUUAGAUCACCUUGGGAGACCGAGCAAGUAGAUGAAACUCAUGUCAAGCACAAAACUUUGGAAUAUGGCUAUAAAGAGCAUGCUGUAAAAGACCAUGAGGCACAAGCAGAACACCAUGUUGCUACUAAAGAAGUUAAAACGGUCUACAUUCCUCCUGAGAAACAUAUUCCAGCUGCUGAAAAGAAGGAAGUUCAUGUAUCAACAGAGAUUAAAAGAGAAACAGAAGCCAAGAUUGAGAAAACAAUCCACAUAGAACACCCGCGACCCCGCACAGCAAGUCCUCACUUCACUGUCUCCAAAAUUGCUGUUCCUAAACCAGAUCAUACGUAUGAGGUUUCAAUAGCAGGAUCUGCCAUGGCUACUCUGGAAAAGGAGUUAUCUGCUACUUCUGCUGCGCAAAAGAUUACCAAGCCUGUGAAACCACCUCAGCUAAAGCCGCAUGAAGUCAAGAUAAAACCAGAGUCAGCUCCUCCACAGUUUCCCUUCACAGAGGUUGCUGAGACCUAUAAAACUCAUUAUGAUGUUGAGACGAAAAAAGAGGUGGAUGUAAGCAUUAAAGGUGAAGCAGUGCGGGAGGAUCACCUGCUGUUGCGGAAAGAGAGUGAAGCAAAGGUGACAGAAACUGCCAGAGUUCCUGUGCCUGCAGAAAUUCCUGUGACUCCACCCACCUUAGUCUGGGGUCUCAAAAAUAAGACUGUGACUGAAGGUGAGUCUGUCACUCUGGAGUGCCAUAUCUCUGGUCACCCUCAGCCUACUGUGACGUGGUACAGGGAAGACUACAAGAUAGAGAGCUCAAUGGACUUCCAGAUCACUUUCAAAGCAGGACUUGCUCGCCUUGUGAUUCGUGAAGCCUUUGCAGAAGACAGUGGAAGAUUUACCUGCACUGCUACCAAUAAGGCUGGGAGUGUCAGCACAUCUUGCCACUUGCAUGUGAAGGUUUCAGAAGAAACUGAGACUAGAGAAACCAUUUCUGAGAAGGUUGUUACAGAAGAGAAAAGCUAUGUGGAGACAAAGGAUGUUGUAAUGGAAGAUGUCUCUGCCGAGGAAGUAUCGGGAGAACCCGUACCUCCUUUCUUCAUAAGAAAACCUGUAGUACACAAAUUAAUUGAAGGUGGGAGCAUUAUUUUUGAGUGCCAAGUAGGGGGCAACCCAAAGCCACAUGUCCUCUGGAAAAAAGGUGGAGUUCCUCUUACAACUGGCUACAGAUACAAAGUAAGUUAUAAACGAGAAACCGGGGAAUGCAAACUUGAAAUUUCCAUGACCUUUGCCGACGACGCCGGAGAAUACACUAUUGUCAUUCGUAACAAAUUUGGAGAAGCUUCUGCAACGGUCUCCUUACUAGAAGAAGCUGAUUAUGAGGCCUACAUAAAAUCCCAACAAGAAAUGAUGUACCAAACUCAAGUGACUGCAUAUGUCCAGGAACCUAAAGUGGCUGAGGUAGCCCCACCUAUUUCAUAUGGUGACUUUGAUAAAGAAUAUGAAAAAGAACAAGCCUUAAUUAGGAAGAAAAUGGCCAAAGAUACAGUGGUGGUCAGAACUUUUGUGGAAGAUGAGGAAUUCCACAUUUCUUCUUUUGAAGAAAGACUUAUCAAGGAAAUUGAACUCAGAAUUAUUAAGACAACCUUAGAUGAACUCCUCGAGGAAGAUGGAGAGGAGAUGAUGGUUGAUAUUUCUGAAUCUGAAGCAACUGAAGCAGGAUUUGAUUUAAGAUUAAAGAAUUACAGAACCUUUGAAGGCACUGGUGUUACUUUCCAUUGUAAGACAACUGGAUAUCCACUGCCAAAGAUUGCAUGGUACAAAGAUGGUAAGCGCAUAAGACAUGGGGAGCGCUACCACAUGGAAGUUCUGCAAGAUGGUAGUGCCAGUCUGCGUUUGCCUGUUGUUUUACCUGAAGAUGAAGGAAUCUACACAGUCUUUGCCAGCAACAUGAAAGGAAAUGCCAUUUGCUCAGCAAAGCUGUAUGUUGAGCCCCUUGCACCCACAGCAACUCCAGGUUAUAUGCCAGGACCAGAAGUUAUGAGAAGAUACAGAUCUAUUUCUCCACGCUCUCCUUCUCGUUCUCCUGCCCGCAGCUCUCCUUCUCGUUCUCCUGCACGCAGAUUAGAUGAAACUGAUGAAGGACAACUAGAGAGACUAUAUAAGCCAGUUUUUGUGCUGAAACCUACAUCAGUCAAAUGUUCACAGGGGCAGACAGCAAGAUUUGACUUAAAAGUUGUUGGCAGACCUAUGCCAGAGACAUACUGGUUCCAUAAUGGUCAACAAGUGGUUAAUGAUUACACCCAUAAAAUAGUGAUUAAAGAAGAUGGUACCCAGUCAUUGAUCAUUGUUCCUGCUAUGCCUGAGGAUUCUGGUGAAUGGGCUGUAAUUGCUCAGAAUAGGGCAGGCAAAGCUUCUGUUACAGUCACACUGUCUGUGGAAGCUAAGGAGGAUCUAGUCAGACCACGCUUUGUGGAAAGGCUCAAGAAUGUUAGUGUAAAAGAGGGCUCUAGACUGCACAUGUCUGUGAAAGCAACUGGCAACCCUAAUCCUGACAUUGUGUGGUUGAAGAAUAGUGACAUCAUUGUACCACACAAAUAUCCCAGAAUAAAGAUUGAGGGAACAAAAGGGGCCGCUGCCCUUAAAAUUGAAUCCACCGUCAGGCAAGAUGCUGCAUGGUAUACAGCUACUGCCAUCAACAAAGCUGGGCGGGACACUACUAGGUGCAAGGUGAAUGUUGAAGUUGAACAUGCUGAACCAGAACCAGAAAGAAGAUUAAUCAUUCCAAAAGGGACUUACAAAGCCAAGGAGAUUGCAGCACCAGAGUUAGAGCCCCUCCAUUUGCGUUAUGGUCAAGAGCAGUGGGAGGAGGGGGAUCUUUAUGACAAAGAAAAGCAACAGAAACCAUUUUUUAAGAAGAAGCUCACAUCUUUAAGGCUGAAGCAAUUUGGACCAGCGCAUUUUGAGUGCAGACUUACACCAAUUGGUGACCCAACUAUGGUGGUGGAAUGGUUGCAUGAUGGCAAACCAUUGGAAGCAGCUAACAGACUCCGGAUGAUUAAUGAGUUUGGGUACUGUAGCCUGGACUAUGGAGUAGCCUAUUCCAGAGACAGUGGUGUGAUCACUUGCAGGGCAACUAACAAAUAUGGUACAGACCAUACAUCUGCUACCCUGAUUGUGAAGGAUGAGAAAAGUCUUGUGGAAGAAUCUCAAUUGCCAGAAGGCAGAAGAGGAAUGCAGCGAAUUGAAGAAUUAGAAAGAAUGGCACAUGAAGGUGCUCUUCCUGCAGUUGCUAUGGAUCAAAAGGAGAAACAAAAGCCAGAGCUUGUUUUGGUUCCUGAGCCUGCAAGAGUCUUGGAGGGUGAAACAGCACGAUUCCGCUGCCGUGUCACUGGUUAUCCUCUUCCCAAGGUCAACUGGUACCUUAACAGUCAGCUCAUUCGUAAGAGCAAAAGAUUUAGACUCCGUUAUGAUGGAAUCCACUACCUGGAUAUUGUGGACUGCAAAUCAUAUGACACAGGUGAGGUGAAAGUCACUGCAGAGAAUCCAGAAGGCUUUAUUGAACAUAAGGUGAAACUUGAGAUCCAGCAGAGAGAAGACUUCAGAUCAGUUCUUCGUCGGGCUCCUGAACCCAGGCAUGAACCUGUAGUGACGGAGCCUGGAAAACUUCUCUUUGAGGUACAGAAGAUAGACAAGCCUGCUGAGGCAACAACCAAAGAGGUAGUGAAACUUAAAAGAGCUGAAAGAAUCACACAUGAGAAACUGUCAGAGGAAUCUGAAGAGCUGCGCAGUAAGUUCAAGCGAAGGACAGAAGAGGGCUAUUAUGAAGCCAUCACUGCUGUGGAACUUAAGUCUCGCAAGAAGGAUGAAUCAUAUGAGGAGAUGCUAAAAAAGACAAAAGAAGAACUUCUUCACUGGACCAAAGAGAUCCCAGAGGAAGAAAAGAAAGCCCUUCCUCCUGAAGGCAAAAUCACCAUUCCAACGUUCAAACCGGAGAAGGUUGAACUUAGUCCAAGUAUGGAAGCUCCAAAGAUAUUUGAACGAAUUCAAAGCCAGACUGUAGCCCAAGGCACAGAUGCCCACUUCCGUGUGAGGGUGGUAGGGAAACCAGACCCUGAGUGCCAGUGGUUCAGAAAUGGCGUGCAGAUUGAAAGGACUGAUCGUAUAUACUGGUACUGGCCUGAAGAUAACGUUUGUGAACUGGUCAUCAGAGAUGUGACUUCUGAUGAUUCAGCCAGCAUCAUGGUGAAAGCAGUCAAUAUAGCUGGUGAAACUUCCAGCCAUGCUUUCCUGUUAGUGCAAGCCAAGCAGCUAAUUAGCUUCAUCCAGAACUUACAAGAUGUUGUUGCUAAAGAGAAGGACUCCAUGGCAACAUUUGAAUGUGAGACAUCAGAACCCUUCGUCAAAGUUAAAUGGUUUAAGAAUGGAAUUGAGAUUCAUUCUGGAGAAAAAUACAGGAUGCACUCAGACAGAAAGGCUCAUUUUCUUUCUGUACUAGCAGUAGAAAUGUCUGAUGCUGACGAGUACAGCUGUGCUCUGGUAGAAGAUGAAUCAGUAAAAACUACUGCAAAGCUUAUUGUUGAAGGUGCUGUGGUUAUGUUCAUUAAAGAACUUGAGGACGUUGAAGUCCCAGAAUCCUUCACAGGGGAACUUGAGUGUGAGGUUUCCCCAGAAGACAUUGAGGGGAAAUGGUAUCAUGGUGAUGUUGAACUCAGUUCCAAUCAUAAAUAUGUGCUUGCAUCCCGUCGUGGUCGCCGAAUCCUCACUAUUAAAGAUGUUAAUAAAGAUGAUCAAGGAGAGUAUAGCUUUGUUGUUGAUGGGAAGAGGACUCAUUGCAAACUAAAGAUAAAGCCUCGUCCCAUGACUAUUCUUCAAGGACUUACUGAUCAAAAAGUCUGUGAGGGAGAUAUUGUACAACUUGAAGUUAAGGUCUCUCUAGAAAAUGUGGAAGGUGUCUGGAUGAAAGAUGGUCAUGAAAUUCAGUCAAGUGAUCGUAUUCAUAUUGUGUUGGAUAAACAGUCACACAUGUUGUUGGUAGAAGAUGCAACUAAAGAAGACAGUGGAACUUACUCUUUCAGCAUUCCUGGUCUUGAACUGUCAACCACUGGACAAGUUACUGUGUACAGUGUGGAAAUAAUAGUUCCUCUGAAAGAUGUUCAUGUAGUUGAAGGAACAAAGGCUAUCCUUGAAUGCAAAGUUUCAGCACCAGAUGUAACUUCCUCCAAAUGGUACCUAAAUGAUCAUCAGAUAAAGCCUGAUGAACGUGUACAAGCUGUGUGUAAAGGCACUAAACAGAGGCUAGUGGUUGCCAGAACCCAUGCAUCAGAUGAAGGACAUUACAAGUUAAUGGUUGGCAAAGUCGAAACAAGUUGCAACGUCACAGUUGAAGAAAUUGAGAUUAUCAGAGGUCUUCAUGACAUCACCUGCACUGAAACACAGAAUGUAUCUUUUGAGGUUGAGCUCUCCCAUUCAGGGAUUGAUGUAAUUUGGCAUUUCAAAGGGCAAGAGAUCAAGGCUGGUCCUAAAUACAAAAUUGAAGCACAUGGCAAAAUAUAUAAAUUGACAGUGGUGAAAAUGAUGAAAGAUGAUGAAGGAGAAUAUGUAUUUUAUGCUGGAGGGAAGAAAACAUCUGGAAAAUUGAUAGUGGCAGGAGGUGCCAUUUCAAAGCCUCUCAGUGACCUGACUGUAGCUGAGUCCCAGAGAGCUGUUUUUGAAUGUGAGGUGGCAAAUCCUGAAUCAGAGGGCCAGUGGCUAAAAAAUGGUAAACCAUUACCCAAGACAGAUCAGUAUCGUACUGAAACUGAUGGUGUUAAGAGAAGGCUUAAUAUCCCUGCCACAAAGAUGGAUGAUAUGGGUGAAUAUAGCUAUGAAAUAGCAAGCUCAAAGACGUCUGCUAAACUGCAUGUCGAAGCUGUUAAGAUAAAGAAGACUCUUAAGAACUUGACUGUGACAGAAACACAGGAGGCAGUGUUCAGCGUAGAACUUUCUCACCCUGAUGUGAAAGGAGCUCUGUGGAUUAAAAAUGGUGUUGAACUUGAAUCAAAUGACAAAUAUGAAAUUUCAGUGAAAGGAACAAUUCACACACUGAAAAUCAAGCACUGUGUUGUCACUGAUGAGUCUGUUUAUAGCUUUAAGCUUGGAAAGAUAGGAGCAAAUGCCAGACUUCAUGUUGAAACUGUCAAGAUUAUCAAGAAGCCAAAGGAUGUGACUGCUUUGGAAAAUGCUGUUGUUUCCUUUGAACUGAGUGUAUCCCAUGAUACUGUACCAGUUCGCUGGUUCCACAAAAAUGUUGAGCUGAAACAAAGUGAUAAAUACAAGAUGAUAUCACAAAGGAAAGUCCACAAGCUGAUGCUGCAUAAUAUAUCUCCUGCUGAUGCUGGAGAAUAUACAGCUUUUGUUGGACAACUUGAGUGUAAAGCAAAACUAUUUGUGGAAACCAUACACAUCACAAAGACCAUGAAAAGUAUUGAGAUCCCUGAGACCAAAACUGCCUCUUUUCAAUGUGAAGUUUCUCAUUUCAACGUACCUGCUGUCUGGUUGAAAAAUGGUGUGGAGAUUGAAAUGAGUGAAAAGUUCAAAAUAGUGGUCCAAGGGAAACUCCAUCAGCUGAACAUCAUGAACACAAGCAGUGAAGAUUCUGCAGAAUAUACGUUUGUCUGUGGAAAUGACAGAGUCAGUGCAACUCUGACCGUAAAACCCAUCUUAAUUACCUCCAUGCUCGAAGACAUCAAUGCUGAAGAGAAAGAUACAAUCACAUUUGAAGUUACUGUUAACUAUGAAGGUAUCUCAUAUAAAUGGCUGAAGAAUGGGGUGGAAAUAAAAUCUACUGACAAAUGCCAGAUACGAACAAAGAAGCUCACACACUCACUCUCCAUAAGGAAUGUGCAUUUUGGUGAUGCUGCAGAAUACACUUUUGUUGCUGGAAAAGCAGCUUCAUCAGCCACUUUAUAUGUGGAAGCUCGUCACAUUGAAUUUAGGAAGCAUAUUAAAGAUAUUAAAGUUGUGGAGAAGAAGAGAGCCAUUUUUGAAUGUGAAAUUUCAGAACCUGAUGUUCAGGUCCAGUGGAUGAAGGAUGGACAAGAACUUCAGAUUGGUGAGAGGAUGAAAAUUCAACGGGAGAAAUAUGUCCAUCGUCUUAUCAUUCCUUCCACGAAAAUGUCUGAUGCUGGUCAGUACACUGUAGUAGCAGGUGGAAACACAUCCAGUGCCAAUUUGAUAGUGGAAGGUCGUGACGUUCGAAUCAGAAGCAUCCAUAAAGAUAUUCAGGUCAUUGAGAGACAAAGAGCUGAAAUUGAAUUUGAAGUUAAUGAAGAUGACAUUGAACCACAGUGGUAUAAGGAUGGCAUUGAGAUCAACUUCCAUUAUGAGGAAAGAUAUAGCUAUGUGGUGGAAAGGAGAAUUCAUCGAAUGAGCAUCUCUGAAACCACUUACUCUGAUGCUGGAGAAUAUACUUUUGUUGCAGGACGGAAUAGGAGUUCUGUUGUUCUCUAUGUGAAUGCUCCAGAGCCGCCUCGGAUUAUCCAGGAGCUACAGCCAACCACCGUGGAGUCGGGUAAACCUGCCCGCUUCUGUGCAGUGAUAUCAGGGAAACCUCAGCCCAAAGUUUCCUGGUACAAAGAUGAUCAACAGCUUUCUCCAGGUUUCAAGUGCAAAUUUCUUCAUGAUGCUCAAGAAUAUACGCUGUUGCUGAUUGAAACUUUCCCUGAAGAUUCAGCUGUGUACACAUGUGAAGCCAAAAAUGACUACGGAGUUGCCACAACUUCAGCUUCACUUUCAGUGGAAAUCCCGGAAGUUGUUUCUCCUGAGCUAGAGGUACCAGUGUAUCCACCUGCUGUCAUAGUACCACUUCGUGAUGCUGUUACAUCCGAGGGACAGUCUGCUCGUUUUCAGUGCAGAGUUACAGGGACAGAUCUGAAAGUCUCUUGGCAUAGCAAAGACAGAGAGAUCAAGCCAUCACGUUUCUUUAGAAUGACUCAGUUUGAAGACACUUACCAGCUGGAGAUUGCUGAAGCUUAUCCAGAGGAUGAAGGCACCUACACCUUUGUAGCAAGUAACUCCGUGGGCCAAGUGACAAGCACUGCCACCCUGAAGUUGGAAGCUCCUGAAAAAAUUAUGUAUGAGAAGCUAGAGGAAGAGAUUGAAAUGGAAGUGAAAGACAUCUCUAGUUCUCUUACUGUGUCUUCUGAGGAAGGAAGAAGUGAAGGCUACAGCAGCAGCCUUCAGUUGCCCGAUAGAGAAAAAACACUUGAAUUUGAGUCUGAAAAACCAGUUUACUCCAGUCAAACCAAGCAGAAAAUGGAGGAGGGAGGCAGUGCACCUGUUUUCCUCAGACAGAUCUCAGAUGUUGAAGUCUGGCAGGGAGAUGUAGCUAGGCUGUCUGUUACUGUUACUGGAAGCCCCACACCCAAAAUCCAGUGGUUUUUCAAUGGUGUGAAGCUAACCCCCUCCACAGAUCGUAAAUUAGUGUUUGCUGGAAAUGACCACAGCCUCAUCCUCCCCUAUGCAGGCAUGCAGGAUGAGGGCAAGUACACGUGCACAGCCAGCAAUGUGCACGGUGAGGCCACGUGCAGUGCCCACCUCCACGUGCAGCAGCGGGCACAAGGGGCCCCUUGCUUUGCCAGAGUACCAGACAGUGUGCAGUGUGCACCAGGUUUCACCGCUGUCUUUGAGUACACUGUAGCUGGGCAGCCAUGCCCUGAUGUGGAGUGGUUCAAGGGGAACGAGCAACUUUUCUUGGAUGCACGUUUUUUUGUGGCUCACCAUCCUGAUGGCUCGGGCUCCCUGACAGUGCAGGAGUGCACUGAGGAGGACACUGGGCUGUACGUUUGCCGAGCAGUGAAUUCACUGGGUGAGGCUGUAUGCUCUGCUGAGCUCCUUGUGCUGCCUGAGGAGCAUCUUGUGUGCAAUCAGAGUCCAGCCUUGCAGCACUCCAUGGUGACAGAGGACCAAAGUCCUACGUCCUAUGAGGAGGCCAGCGAGCUUCCCUCUGCAGAAAGAGUCCUUAGCCUUGAGCCCAUGAGGGAACCCCAGGCUCUCCUCCAGCUCCAGAUGAGCCAGAUGGAGCACAUGCUGCCCAAGGAGGGCAUAUUACCUAGCCUGCCACCAACCUGCCUUGCUGUGCAGGGUGUUGAAGAAAUGCUGACCCAGGCAGCCACAACGCAGGAGAACAACAAGCUUCUGGCAGAGCUGGUGCAGACCUUCCCUGGUGGCCCCCAAAGUGUUUUAUCUGAAGUGGCAACUGAAACACCACUGCCAGGCUGCCUUGGAACUGUGGCUGCACAGAUGUUCUUGCCCAAAGAGCAAGUCAUCCCAGAGGAGUUAGAACAGAUGGCUGCUCUGAAGACAGAAGUUUCCCAAGCCUUUCAACAGGUAUCAAGCACCACUGAGAGCUAUGUCAUGUAUGGUGACCACUUUCAAGUCAUAGAAGGCUUCCAGGCAAUGCAAGGUGAGCUAAAGGCUGAACCCAGAUUUCCCUCCGAAUUGACGUGCACAGGGGGUCAUGCUGUCCCCCUGGAGAACAUUUCUGCCCUGGAAGCGGCAGAGGAAGAUUUUGCUGCAAGAAUCCGUGAGGGACAGGCUGUGAGAUUUCCCUUACUACUAGAAGAAAACCAGCCUUUGGAGGAAGAACACAUUAUCAAUCUUGCUAGCCCACUUAAGCAGUAUUCCAAGGUAGGAAGACAGCCCUGUGAAAUGAUGCAUGCUAGCCAGUUCUGGACAAGCCAAGCCUUUACCAAAGAGAGCCAGCUCACUUAUCAGGUUCCCAAGAGCUGUCACCUAGAUAUAAAGUCCCAGAUCAGAGAUGCACUAAAAGCUGCAGUGGUAAGUGAGCAAAACCUCUUGUUUUCAGAGUGGUUGGCUGAUAAAGAAAGCAUUGAAGUACAGGCACUAAAAAUCACCAAGGAACAUAAAUAUGCCUUGUGCACCUAUGUUGUGACCACAGGAGGACUCAAUCCCAUUGAAAUUCCAGUCUCUCUUGCAGAAGUCGACAUUGAGAUAGCUGACCAGAAAAAAGUAUUAAAGGAGGCUUUCUAUUCUCUUAUUUAUGAAGAAAAGCACCUCUUGACAGAUGAAAAACCCGAAGCAUUGCCAAGCCCUCCUCAUUCACUUAACUCAGGAAAAUCCAUUGAUGAAGCUUCUGAGCUGGAGCCCCAGCAGGCUGAGAGAACUACAGAAGCAGAAAUACCCUUGGAACAGCCUUUAUCUGCUGAAGUAGUCAACAUUCUGAUGGAACAUGGCCAAAUCAAGGAUGUGGGGGCAGCGGCAGCCACUGCUGAUGUAGCUCUUGCAGGCGUUCCUGUUGAGAAACCCACAGAAAUACUGAAAAGGAAGGAGAAAAGGGAAAAAAUACAUGAGGAGGAGGGCAGAGAGGGUCUGGAAACUAAAGGUGUGAAUCUAGAGGAUGAGCUGAGUAAAGAGAAUUACCCUAUCAUACACAGCAAGCUGGUUAACACUAUUGUGGAGGAAGGGGAGAGUGUCACUCUGGUGUCUGUCAUAACAAAUGUCAGAGAGGUGAAUUGGUACUUUGACGGUAAACUGGUGUCUUCAGGCAACAAAUUCAAGUGUUUGCAAGAUCAAGACACAUACAAAUUAGUGAUCAGCCAAGUGUGUGGGGAGAUCCACCAAGGAGAGUACACUUGUGAGGCACUGAAUCAAGGUGGAAAAAGAACAACAACAGCAAAGCUCACAGUUGUUAAAAGAGUUGCACCAAUCCUGAGAAGAAGGCUUGAACCUCUGGAGGUGGCCGUAAACCACGUGGCCAAGUUUACCUGUGAAGUAGAAACUACUCCUAAUGUCAAGUUCCAGUGGUACAAAGCUGGCCGAGAGAUCUAUGAUGGGGACAAAUACUCAAUUCGCUCCUCCAACUACCUUUCCACGCUGGAGAUCCCAAGGCCUCAGGUUGUUGACUGUGGAGAGUAUAGCUGUAAGGCUUCCAACCAGCAUGGCAGCGUAAGCUCCACAGCCUUUUUAACAGUAACUGAACCUCCAAGGUUUAUUAAGAAACUAGACUCUUCAAGACUUGUGAAACAACAUGAUUCCACUAGGUAUGAGUGCAAAGUAGGUGGAUCUCCUGAAAUUAAAGUCACCUGGUACAAAGGAGAAACUGAGAUCCAUCCAAGUGAAAAAUAUAGCAUGUCCUUUGUGGAUUCGGUGGCAAUCCUUGAAAUGCACAACCUCAGUGUUGAAGACACUGGUGACUACAGUUGUGAAGCCCAGAACCCAGCUGGUAGUGCUAGCACCAGCACCUCACUGAAAGUGAAAGCACCCCCUGCUUUUACCAAGAAGCCUCAUCCAGUCCAGACCUUGAAAGGGUCUGACGUUCAUCUGGAAUGUGAGCUUCAGGGCACACCUCCAUUCCAGAUUUCAUGGUAUAAAGACAAGCGAGAAAUUCGAAGCAGCAAGAAAUACAAGGUCAUGUCUGAGAACUACCUUGCUAGCAUUCACAUUCUCAAUGUGGAUACUGCAGAUGUUGGUGAAUAUCACUGUAAAGCUGUAAAUGAUGUGGGAAGUGACUCCUGCAUUGGCUCUGUAACACUUAGAGCACCACCAACCUUUGUGAAGAAGCUGAGUGAUAUCACUGUUGUGGUUGGGGAGACAAUUGAACUACAAGCUGCAGUUGAAGGAGCACAGCCCAUUUCUGUUCUGUGGUUAAAAGACAAAGGGGAGAUCAUUAGAGAAAGUGAAAAUCUUUGGAUUUCCUAUUCAGAAAACGUUGCAUCUUUGAAGAUUGGAAAUGCAGAACCAGCCAAUGCUGGGAAAUACAUUUGUCAGAUAAAAAAUGAUGCCGGAUUUCAGGAAUGCUUUGCCAAACUAACAGUGCUCGAACCUGCAGUCAUUGUAGAGAAGCCUGGUCCAGUGAAAGUUACAGCUGGAGACUCUUGUACUCUGGAAUGCACAGUAGAUGGCACACCAGAGCUUACUGCUAGGUGGUUUAAGGAUGGGAAUGAAUUGUCUACUGACCAUAAAUACAAAAUCAGUUUCUUCAACAAAGUAUCUGGGCUUAAGAUCCUCAAUGCAGGACUAGAAGAUAGUGGAGAAUAUACUUUUGAGGUGAAAAACAGUGUUGGUAAAAGCAGCUGCACUGCUUCAGUGCAAGUUUCAGAUCGUAUUAUACCACCUUCUUUCACAAGAAGACUGAAAGAAACAUACGGUCAGCUGGGUUCUUCUGCUGUUCUGGAGUGCAAAGUUUAUGGGUCACCGCCCAUUCUUGUUUCCUGGUUUCAUGAUGGACAGGAGAUUACCAGUGGAGACAAAUAUCAGGCUACCCUUACAGACAAUACUUGUUCUCUGAAAGUUAAUGAGCUUCAGGAAUCUGAUAUGGGAACUUAUUCAUGUACAGCUACUAAUGUAGCUGGAUCUGAUGAAUGCAGCACAUUUUUGAGUGUUAGAGAGCCACCAUCUUUUGUGAAGAAACCUGAACCACUUAAUGUUCUAUCUGGAGCAAACAUCACAUUUACAAGUAUUGUGAGAGGCUCUCCUCCAUUGGAAGUUAAAUGGUUUAGAGGUAGCGUUGAGCUAGCACCAGGACACAAAUGCAACAUUACCUUGCAAGACUCCAUUGCAGAAUUGGAGCUAUUUGAUGUACAGCCACUUCAGAGUGGAGACUACACGUGCCAAGUCUCUAAUGAGGCAGGGAAGAUUUCUUGCACAACACAUCUUUUUGUCAAAGAACCAGCGAAGUUUGUGAUGAAGGUGAAUGAUUUAAGUGUAGAGAAAGGAAAAAAUUUAAUCUUGGAAUGCACAUAUACGGGUACUCCACCAAUUUCAGUGACAUGGAAGAAAAAUGGAAUAAUAUUAAAACAAUCUGAAAAGUGUAGCAUCACCACUACAGAAACUUCUGCCAUACUGGAAAUCCCUAAUAGCAAACUGGAAGAUCAGGGGCAGUAUUCUUGCCAUAUUGAAAAUGACUCUGGGCAAGAUAAUUGUCAUGGUGCAAUUACAAUACUAGAACCACCUUACUUCGUUACACCUUUGGAGCCAGUGCAGGUGACUGUUGGGGAUUCUGCAUCCUUACAGUGCCGGGUUGCUGGAACACCCGAAAUGAUUGUGUCAUGGUACAAAGGCGAUACAAAGCUGAGAGGAACAGCUACUGUGAAAAUGCACUUUAAGAACCAAGUUGCCACUCUGGUCUUCAGCCAAGUGGACAGCGGUGACAGUGGGGAGUACAUCUGCAAAGUAGAAAAUACUGUUGGGGAAGCUACUUCAUCUUCUUUGCUUACUGUUCAAGAGCGUAAACUUCCUCCUUCUUUUACAAGAAAAUUGAGAGAUGUUCAUGAAACUGUUGGCUUGCCGGUUACAUUUGAUUGUGGCAUUGCUGGUUCAGAACCUAUUGAAGUAUCUUGGUUUAAAGACAAUGUGCGUAUAAAAGAAGACUACAAUGUUCACACAUCCUUCAUAGAUAAUGUAGCAACUCUGCAGAUUUUGAAGACCGAGAAGAGCUUUAUGGGGCAAUAUACCUGCACAGCGAGCAAUGCUAUUGGAACUGCUUCUUCUAGUGGCAAACUUGUCCUUACAGAGGGGAAGACUCCUCCAUUCUUUGAUACCCCAAUUACACCUGUGGAUGGUAUUGUUGGAGAAAGUGCUGACUUUGAGUGUCACAUUUCUGGAACACAGCCAAUUAGAGUCACCUGGGCAAAAGAUAACCAGGAAAUUAGAACAGGAGGAAACUAUCAGAUCAGUUAUGUAGAAAGCAUAGCCCAUUUGACCAUCUUGAGAGUUGACAGGGGAGACUCUGGAAGGUAUACAUGCUAUGCUAGCAAUGAAGUUGGAAAGGAUUCUUGUACAGCACAACUGAAUGUUAAAGAACGAAAAACUCCACCUACUUUUACUCGGAAACUGUCUGAAGCAGUAGAAGAAACAGAAGGGAAUGAACUUAAACUUGAGGGCCGUGUUGCUGGUUCUCAACCUCUCACUGUUUCUUGGUAUAAAAACAAUCAGGAAGUUCAUUCAAGUCCUCACUGUGAAAUAUCAUUCAAAAACAAUACCUUGCUUUUGCAUAUCAAGAGCGUAGGGCAAUCAGAUGCUGGUUUAUAUACCUGCAAGGUGUCCAAUGAAGCAGGAAGUGUGUUGUGUACAUCCUCUGUUGUUAUCAGAGAACCAAAAAAGCCUCCAGUUUUUGACCAGCCUCUUCAGCCAGCAGCAACAGAAGAAGGUGAUACCUUGCAGCUCAGCUGCCAUGUCAGAGGAUCAGAGCCAAUCCGGAUUCAGUGGCUGAAGGCAGGAAGAGAAAUAAGAGCUUCAGAAAGAUGCAGCUUCAGCUUUGCUAAUGGAGUAGCUCUUCUGGAACUUGCUGCAGUUACCAAAUCUGAUUCAGGAGAAUACGUGUGCAAAGCUUCAAAUAUGGCUGGCACUGACACUUGCAGAUCUAAAGUGACAGUUAAAGAAAAAGCAGCAGCUGCACCAGCAGCUAAGAAAGCAGACAUGGAAGGAAAACUCUAUUUUGUAUCAGAGCCUCAGAGUAUCAAAGUCAUGGAAAAGACUGUUGCAACAUUUAUUGCAAAAGUUGGAGGAGACCCAAUUCCAAAUGUUAAGUGGAUGAAGGGGAAAUGGAGGCAACUCAACCAGGGUGGUCGCAUUAUAAUCCAGCAGAGAGGAGAUGAAGCCAAACUGGAAAUAAAGGACACAACAAAAACAGAUUCUGGCAUGUACAAAUGUGUAGCUUUUAACCAACAUGGUGAAAUUGAGAGGAGUGUCAACCUGCAAGUUGAAGAAAGGAAGCAAGAAUUUGUUGAAGAGGAUGUCAGGGGAAAACUGAAAAGAAUUCCAACAAAAAAGAAGGAAGAGGAAGAGCAGACUAUCGAUAUCUUGGAACUUCUCAAAAAUGUUGAUCCCAAAGAAUACGAGAAAUAUGCUCGCAUGUAUGGAAUUACAGAUUUCCGUGGCCUCCUGCAAGCUUUUGAGUUACUAAAGCAGACCAGAGAAGAAGAAAGCCAUAGAUUGGAAAUUGAGCUCACAGAAAAGGCUCAAAAAGAGGACCAGGAGUUUGAAGAACUUGUAGCAUUUAUUCAGCAACGGCUCACACAAACAGAGCCUGUUACUCUAAUCAGAGACAUCGAAAAUCAAACAGUUUUAACAGAUGAAGAUGCUGUCUUUGAAUGUGAGAUUAAAAUUAACUAUCCAGAAAUUAAGCUUUCAUGGUACAAGGGAACUCAGAAACUGGACUCCAGCGACAAAUAUGAAAUUAAAAUUGAAGGUGAUCGCCACAUACUGAAAAUCAGAAACUGCCAACUUGAAGAUCAAGGGAAUUUCAGAAUAGUGUGUGGACCACACAUUGCCAGUGCUAGGCUAACUGUGAUUGAGCCUGCAGUUGAACGGCAUCUUCAUGACACUACUUUCAAGGAAGGAAACACAUGCACGCUCUCUUGUCAGUUUUCUAUCCCAAAUGCCAAGUCUCAGUGGUAUAGAAAUGGGAGGCCAAUUAAGAUAGGAGGGAGAUAUUCAACACAAGUCUCCGACAAAGUACACAAACUCAUCAUCAAGGAUGUUAGAACAGAAGACCAGGGACAGUAUACCUGCAAGCUUGACAAUCUAGAAACAACUGCUGAUCUGGCCAUUGAAGCUGAACCAAUUCAGUUCACAAAGAGCAUACAGAACAUUGUAGUAAGCGAACACCAAUCUGCUACCUUUGAGUGUGAAGUGUCCUUUGAUGAUGCAGUUGUGACAUGGUAUAAAGGCCCCACUGAACUGAGAGAAAGCCCGAAGUACAGCUUCAGAAGUGAAGGUCGUUGUCAUUAUAUGACUAUUCACAAUGUUACUGCAGACGAUGAAGGUGUAUAUUCUGUAAUUGCUCGUCUCGAACCAAGGGGAGAAGCAAGAAGCACUGCAGAGCUCUAUCUGGUAACCAAAGAAAUCAAACUGGAGUUGAAGCCUCCAGAUGUUCCUGAUACCAAGGUAGCAGUUCCACCUCCAAAACCAGCUGAAGAAGCUGCCCCCAUUCCUAUUCUUCUGCCCCUCAUUACACCACCAGAGGAGAAAAAGCCAGAAAAGAAAGUUCCAGUAAAGAAAGUCUCGAAAAAGGUGGUUAAAAAGGGUCCCAAGGAAAUCCCACCACCUGAAGUUCCUGAGAUACUGCCAGAGAAGCCCAAAGAGGUCAAAAUAACAUCUAUGGCAAGGAGAGAAGAGAUUCAUGAAGAAAAAAUGGAAGUAUAUGAAAAACCCAAAGAAGUUUAUGAAGAAUGGGAAGAAGAUUAUGGAGAAGAUCAUGAUUAUUAUUUCAAGGAAGAAGGUUAUGAUGAAGGAGAAGAGGAAUGGGAAGAAACUUAUGAGAAAAGGGAGGUGGCUUAUGAAGAAAAACAAAUCAUUCAUGAAGAAGUGGUGGAAGUUCCUAAGAAGCCUGUGCCUGAGCGAAAGCCUGCAGCAAUUACAGCUGAAAAGAAGGAAAAGAAAGAAGUUACAGUUCAUAAAGUUGUCAAGAAACCUGUUGAUGAAAAAGUUGAGAUUACCACUCAGAGGGUUGCAGAGGAAAAACUCAAACGGGCUGAGGUUACCAAGAAAAUCCCAUCAGCAAAACCUACACCAAUGAUCGUCGAGGAAAAGGUUAUGAAAAAGGAAGUACCGACAGUAGAAAGAUGGACUGUUUCAGAAGAAAAGAUGUCAGUUUCUGUCCACAGAGAAGAAGAGUAUUCAUAUAUCACAGAGCCUACAGAGCAUGAGAAAACAGUUGAAGAAAGAUUCUUUGAAGCUGUUUACCCAAUUGAAGCACAUAAGGAAGUUGAAGAGGAGGAAGGAGAGGUCAUUUCUGAAGAACUGGAGACUCAUCACGUUGAAGUGCCUGAGAUAACAAAGAGGCAUGUCCCAGAAGAAAGAAAGCCUGUUCCUGUCCCAAAAGAAGCUCCACCUGCUAAAGUGCCUGAGGUCCCUAAGAAACCUGUUCCAGAAAAGAGAGUUGCUGUUGCUAAGAAGGAGGUGUCUCCCCCAGUAAAAGUGCCUGAAGUGCCUAAAAAACCUCCACCUGAAGAAAAGGUACACAUUCCAGUUCCCAAAGCAGAACCUCCACCUCUCAAAGUGCCAGAGGAGCCCAAAAGAGCUCCCCCUGAGAAAAAAGUUGCUGUUCCAAAAAGAGAAGCAGCUCCACCCCUUAAAGCACCAGAAGUACCUAAGAAACCAGUACCAGAAGAAAAAUUGCCUCAGAUUCCUAAACUAGAAGAGGCUCCACCUGCAAAAGUGCCUGCAGUUCCUAAGAAACCUGUCCCUAAAGAAAAGAUAUCUCCUGCUGUUCCUAAAAAAGUUGAGGCUCCUCCAGCUAAAGUACCGGAAGUGCAGAAGAGAGCAACUUUUGAAGAAAGAAUGCUUAUUACAGAAGAAAGAAUAUCUAUUGCUGUUCCAGAAGAAAUCCCAUCACCUGAAGAACCAAUAGUUGAAGAGUGGUCUGAAGAAGAAGCAGAGGAAGUAUCUGUUUCCAUUCACAGAGAGGAGGUUUCUGAAGUGACUGAAGAAGAGUCUUAUUACAUAGAAGAGAAGGUAACUGUGCCUAAAAGAAAGGAAGCCCCACCUGCUAAAGUGCCUGAGAAGCCUAGGAGAGUUGCCCCUGAACCAGAAAUUCCAGCUGCUCUGAAGGAAGCUCCAGCAGCUAAAGUGCCUGAAGUUCAUAAAAAAGUAGCUCCGAAAGAGAAAGUACCUGUCCCUGUUCCUAAGAAAGUGGAGGCUCCACCAUCAAGAGAACGUCCAGAAGAAGUGCCCACUUUUGAGAUAGCUGUUGAAGAACCACCAUCAACCAAAGUGACUCAAGUGCACAGAAAAAUUAUCACAGAAGAAAAAGUUGCGGUUGCUAAAAAAGAUGAGGCUCCACCCAAAAGAGCAGUGCCCAAGAAGACUGUGCCAGAAGAGAAAGUUCCUGUUCCGGUUUCACGGAAAGUGGCCGCUCCACCAGCUAAAGUGCCUGAAGUACGCAAGAUGGUUGUCCAAAAAGAAAAGGUGUAUAUUGAAGUUCCUCAGGAUGAGGAGGAAGAAGAGGUUCCACAAUAUGAAGAAGUAACCAAAUAUGAGAAGGAAGUAAUCCAUUAUGAGGAAGAAGUCCAACAUUAUGAAGAAAUUAGUCACUAUGAGGAAGAAGCUCCUCAGUAUGAAGAAGUUCCUCAAUAUGAAGAGGAAGAAGUCACCCAUUAUGAAGAAGAAUCUGCUUAUUAUGAAGAGGAAGUUCCUCAGUAUGAGGAGGAGGAGGCAGAAAUUCCCCAAUAUGAAGAGGAGGCUCCACCUCCAGUUAGAGUGCCUGAGGUGCUCAAGAAGGCUGUUCCAGAGGAAAAAAUACCUGUUCUGAAGAAAAAGGAAGUUCCUCCAGCAAAAGUGCCUGAGGUGCCAAAGAAACCUGAACCUGAAAAGAAAGUCCAGGUGCCAAAGAAGAAGGAAGCUCCCCCACCUAAAGUGCCAGAUGUGCCUAAGAAAAUUCCAGAAGAGAAAGUACCCAUCACUGUGCCGAAAAAACCAGAACCAACACCAGCCAAAGAGCCUGAAGUGCCGAAGAAAAUAGAAGAGAAAAUCAAAAUUGCUGAGCCUAAAAAGCCAGAAGUACCACCAGCUAAAGUGCCUGAGGUACCAAAGAAAGUGGUCCAAGAAGAGAUUUCAGUUAAAGUACCAAAGAAACCAGAACCUCCACCAACUAAAGUGCCUGAGGUACCCAAGAAAGUGGUUCCAGAAGAAAAAGUACAUGUUGAAGUUCCUAAGAAACCAGAACCUCCACCACCUAAAGAACCUGAGGUGCCAAAGAAGAUUGUUCCAGAGAAGAAAUUACCAGAACCUGUGGCUGUACCUGAAAAACCAGAACCUCUACCAGAGAAAGCUCCUGAAGCAAAGAAGAAAGUUGUGACAGCAAAACCUGUUGAGGCUCCACAAUUGGAACCCCCACCUGCUAAAGUUCCUGGACUUGUAAAGAAACCUCGUAGAAUAAUUCCUGAAGUUACCCCUCCACCGAAAGAAGAAGUUGUUUUGAAAAGAGUUCUUAGAAAGAAACCAGAAGAGGAAGAACCUAAACCAGAGAAAGAACCUAAACCUGAAGUUAAACCAGUACCUACACCAGUAGAAAAAAUUAAGAAACCUGAAGUCUCAGAAGUUCCCAAGAAGAAAACUGAGAUACCUGUCAUUAAAAAGGAGGAGAAACAUGUUCCUGAACCACCAAAAGAACCUAAGCAGGCAGCUAUCUCAGUUCCUGGGCCUGAACCUAAACCUGCCGUAGCUUUAAAAUCUCCGAAACCAGCAGCAGAACCAGCACCAGCUGUUACUACUGCACCAGUGACAACUCCUGUUGUUGGAAAGAAAGCAGAGGCCAAGCCAACAAAAGAAGAAACUCCGAAGGGUAUCAGCCCAGUCAAAGCCAAGAAGACACCUUCACCAGCAGAUGCAGAAAGGAGGAAACUCAGGCCAGGUAGCGGUGGUGAAAAACCUCCUGAAGAGCCUCCAUUCACUUAUCAACUCAAGGCUGUGCCACUGAAGUUUGUCAAGGAGAUGAAAGAUAUAGUGCUGAAAGAAGCAGAAUCUGUUGGGUCUUCUGCAAUCUUUGAAGUCCUUAUUUCACCAUCCACUGCAAUUACCAGCUGGAUGAAAGAUGGAAGUAACAUCCGAGAGAGCCCAAAGCACAAGUUUAUUGCUGAUGGCAAAGAUAGAAAACUGCAUAUCAUUGAUGUCCAGCUGUCAGAUGCUGGUGAAUAUACUUGCGUACUACGACUAGGGAACAAAGAGAAGACCUCUACUGCCAAACUCAUUGUUGAAGAACUCCCGGUACGAUUUGUGAAAACACUUGAAGAAGAAGUCACUGUGAUUAAAGGCCAGCCACUGUACUUGACCUGUGAGCUUAAUAAAGAAAGAAGUGUGGUCUGGAGAAGGGAUGGGAAGAUCAUCAAAGACAAGCCUGGGAAAUUUGCUCUGGGUAUUAUUGGCUUGUCACAUUCCCUCACCAUCACUGAUUCAGAUGAUUCUGAUGCUGGCACCUACACUGUUACCGUGGAAGAUACUGAGCUCUCAUGCUCAUCUUGUGUUAAGGUAGUAGAAGUGAUAAGAGACUGGCUAGUAAAACCUAUAAGAGACCAGCACGUAAAGCCAAAAGGAACAGCUACUUUUACCUGUGACAUUGUCAAGGAUACACCAAACAUUAAAUGGUUUAAAGGCGAUGAGGAAAUUCCUGCUGAACCAACUGACAAGACAGAAAUCUUGAAAGAAGGAAACAAAAUUUUCCUGAAAAUUAAGAAUGCUGGCCCUGCUGAUAUUGGAGAAUAUUCAGUAGAAAUUGAAGGUCGCAGAUACCCAGCUAAACUGACUCUUGGUGAACGUGAAGUUGAACUUCUCAAGCCAUUAGAGGAUGUUACAGUUUACGAGAAAGAAACAGCAAACUUCGAUACAGAAAUAUCGGAAGAAGAUAUUCCUGGUGAAUGGAAGCUGAAAGGUGAAAUCCUGCGACCUUCACCUACAUGUGAAAUCAAAGCUGAAGGAGGAAAACGCUUCCUAACUUUGCACAAGGUCAAGUUAGAGCAAGCUGGUGAAGUCCUUUACCAAGCACUUAAUGCAGUUACUACAGCUAUCCUGACGGUGAAAGAAAUUGAACUGGACUUUGCUGUUCCCCUAAAAGAUGUCACUGUCCCUGAGAAACGCCAAGCAAGAUUUGAAUGUGUCCUUACCAGAGAAGCCAACGUUAUAUGGUCUAAAGGCACUGAUAUACUGAAGAUUGGAGAAAAGUUUGACAUCAUUGCAGAUGGAAAGAAACAUAUUCUUGUAAUCAAUGAUUCUCAGUUUGAUGAUGAAGGAGAAUACACUGCUGAAGUUGAAGGCAAGAAGAGCACCGCAAGACUGUUUGUUGAAGGUGUGAGGCUGAAGUUCAUCUCACCUCUACAGGAUCAAACAGUGAAAGAAGGAGAAACAGCUCACUUUCAGUUUGAGCUUUCUCAUGAAGACAUGCCAGUGAAAUGGUACAAAAAUGAUAAGAGACUCCAUACAAGCAGAACUGUUUUUAUUACUUCAGAAGGAAAAGUUCAUAAACUAGAAAUGAGAGAAGUAACGCUUGAUGAUAUCUCUGAAAUCAAAGCUGUAGUCAAGGACAUGAACACACAAGCAAACCUCAAAGUCUUAGAGGCUGAUCCAUACUUCACUGUGAGAUUGCAAGACUACAGUGCUCUGGAGAAAGAUGAUGUUACUCUGCAGUGUGAGCUUAGCAAAGAUGUCCCAGUAAAAUGGUACAAAGAUGGUGAAGAACUAGUUGCUUCAAGCAGAAUUUCCAUAAAAACAGAUGGCGUGCGCCGUAUCCUAACAAUCAAAAAGGCUGCAGAGGGUGACAAGGGUGUUUAUGAGUGCAGCUGUGAAACGGACAAGACAAACUGUAACAUUGGCAUUGAGCCUCGCUUAAUUAAAGUGGAGCGCCCGCUGUAUGGAGUGGAAGUAUUUGUAGGUGAAACAGCACGUUUUGAAAUUGAGAUUUCUGAGCCUGAUGUCCACCCAGUAUGGAAACUGAAGGGAGAGACCCUAACGCCUUCACCUGAAUGUGAAAUCAUUGAAGAUGGGAAGAAGCAUAUUCUCAUCCUUCAUAACUGCAAACUAGAUAUGACUGGAGAAGUGUCUUUCCAAGCUGCUAAUGCUAAAAGUGCUGCCAAUCUGAAAGUGAAAGAAUUGCCUCUUAUCUUCAUUACUCCACUAAGUGAUGUGAAGGUCUUUGAGAAGGAUGAAGCCAAGUUUGAAUGUGAAGUGUCCAGAGAGCCCAAGACUUUCCGCUGGUUAAAAGGAACACAAGAGAUCACUUCUGAUGAAAGAUUUGAAAUAAUUUCGGAUGGGACAAAGCAUGCUCUGAUUAUUAAAUCUGUUGCAUUUGAUGAUGAGGCUAAAUAUAUGUUUGAAGCUGAAGAUAAAAGAACAAGUGCCAAGCUAAUUAUUGAAGGUAUUCGCCUGAAAUUCAUUACUCCUCUCAAGGAUGUAACAAAAAAGGAGCGAGAAACUGCAGUGUUCACAGUGGAACUCUCUCAUGAAAAUAUCCCCGUUAUCUGGUUCAAGAAUGACCAACGGUUACAUACCAGUAAAGUGGUUUCAAUGACAGAUGAUGGCAAAUUUCAUACACUCACGAUCAAAGAUCUUACUAUUGAUGAUACUUCUCAGAUUAGAGUGGAAGCUAUGGGCAAAUCCUCAGAAGCUAAACUCACUGUUCUGGAGGGAGACCCUUACUUCACUGGGAAGCUUCAGGAUUACACAGCUGUAGAGAAAGAUGAAGUGAUUUUACAGUGCGAAAUCAGCAAAGCAGAUGCCCCAGUGAAAUGGAUGAAGGAUGGCAAACCAAUUACUCCAUCAAAGAAUGUUGUUAUUAAGGCUGAUGGUAAAAAGAGAAUACUUAUACUGAAGAAAGCUUUGAAGAAAGACAUUGGACAGUAUACUUGUGAUUGUGGUACCGAUCAAACCUCUGCUAACCUGAAUAUUGAAGACAGAGAUAUUGAAAUCAUCCGUCCACUAUACAGUGUGGAGGUGAUUGAGACAGAGACUGCCCGUUUUGAUAUUGAAAUAUCUGAGGAAGGUGUCCAUGGCAAUUGGAAGCUAAAAGGAGAACCCCUGACUGAAUCACCUGACUGUGAAAUCAAGGAGGAAGGCAAAAAGCACUUUCUUACCUUGUACAAUGUACGUUUAGAUCAAGCUGGGGGAGUAGAUUUCCAAGCAGCAAAUGCCAAAUCUGGUGCUCACCUUCGAGUGAAACCUCGAGUAAUAGGCUUGCUGAGACCUCUCAAGGAUGUAACAGUGACAGCUGGGGAAUCUGCAACUUUUGAUUGUGAACUCUCUUAUGAGGGAAUCCCAGUAGAGUGGUACCUGCAAGGAAAGAAACUGGAGCCCAGUGAUAAGGUUGUCACACGUGCUGAAGGGAGAGUUCACACACUUAUUCUUAGAGAUGUCAAGUUAACAGAUGCCGGUGAAGUGUCACUGACUGCAAAAGAUUUCAGAACUCAAGCAAAUCUUUUUGUGAAAGAACCCCCAGUUGAAUUUACUAAACCACUUGAGGAUCAGACUGUCGAAGAGGAGGCCACUGCAAUACUGGAAUGUGAAGUUUCCAGGGAAAAUGCAAAAGUGAAAUGGUUUAAAAAUGGAGAAGAAGUUCAUAAAACAAAGAAGUAUGAUAUCAUUUCUGAAGGCAGAGUCAGAAAACUCAUUAUCCAUGGCUGCACACUGGAUGAUGCAAAAACAUAUACCUGUGAUGCCAAAGAUUUUAAGACAUCAUGUUUUCUCAAUGUUGAACCUCUUCGUGUUGAGUUCCUGAGGCCACUAACUGAUCUUGAAGUUAAAGAAAAAGAGACUGCUCGGUUUGAAUGUGAAAUUUCUCGCCCAGGUGUCAAGGUGAAGUGGUUCAAGGAUGGCAUUGAAAUUAGAAAAGGCAAGAAGUAUGAUAUAAUUUCCAAAGGGGCAGAACGCGUUCUUGUUAUUAGUAAAUGUCUCUUUGAUGAUGAAGCUGAAUAUGCCUGUGAAGCCAAAACAGCUAGAACUUCUGGCCUACUUACAGUGAUAGAGGAAGAAGCUGUUUUCACAAAACAUCUUCAUGAUCUUGAAGUAAAUGAAAAUGAGACUGUAAGGUUGAUCUGUGAAGUCUCAAAGCCUAAUGCUGAAGUUACUUGGUUUAAAGGAGAUGAGGAGGUGCCUGAUGGUGGUAGAUUUGAAUACAUUUCUGAUGGCCGAAAGAGAAUUCUUGUCAUACGUAAUGCUCAUCCUGAGGAUGCUGGCAAAUAUACUUGCAAACUACCAAGCUCUAGUACAACAGGAAAACUUACUGUACAUGAACUUGCUGCAGAAUUUCUUACCAGACCACAAAAUCUUGAAGUUCUUGAAGGAGACAAAGCUGAAUUUGCCUGUUCAGUAUCCAAAGAGGCAAUUACAGUACAAUGGCUGUGGGGUGACACAGUCCUGGAACCUGGUGAUAAGUACGACAUCAUUUCAGAUGGCAAAAAGAGGACACUUGUGGUUAAAGACUCCAUUAUAGGAGAUGCAGGAAAGUACACUGUCAUGGUUGGUGAAGCUAAAGCUACAGCACGCCUGACAGUGAUUGAAAAACUCAGGAUUGUAACUCCCCUUAAGGACCAAGAAGUUAAUGAGGGUCAAGAAAUUAUCUUCAACUGUGAAGUAAAUAAAGAGGGUGCCAAAGAGAAGUGGUACAAAAAUGGCGAGGCAAUAUUUGAUAGUGCAAAAUAUAUUAUUGUCCAGAAGGAUUUAGUUUAUACUCUCCGAAUCAGGGAUACACAGUUGAAAGAUCAAGCAACAUACAGUAUCUCACUGUCAAACCACAGAGGGGAACAUGCCGAGAGCUCUGCUGCCUUAACAGUAUUAGAGGAGGAUCUUAGAAUUGUUGAACCCCUUGAAGACAUUGAGACCAUGGAAAAGAAAACUGUCACAUUCUGGUGCAAAGUCAAUCGUCUUAAUGCAACUCUCAAAUGGACAAAGAAUGGUGAAGAGAUUACCUUUGACAAGCGUGUUCUGUAUAAAAUUGAUAAAUACAAACACUCACUCAUCAUUAAAGACUGUGGCUUUAAAGAUGAAGGUGAAUACACUGUAACUGCUGGACAAGACAAAUCUGUUGCAGAACUUCUCAUCACAGAAGCACCAGCAGAUUUCAUUGAACAUCUCCAGGACCAGACCGUCACUGAAUUUGAUGAUGCUGUCUUUACCUGCCAGCUUUCCAAGGAGAAAGCUAGUGUAAAAUGGUACAGAAAUGGCAGAGAAAUCAAAGAAGGCAAAAAAUAUCAGUUUGAAAAGGAUGGAAAUCUUCACAGAUUAAUCAUAAAAGACUGUAGACUAGAUGAUGAAUGUGAAUAUUCCUGUGGAGUGGAUGACAGAAAAUCUAGGGCAAGACUUUUUGUUGAAGAAAUCCCUGUGGAGAUUAUUCGACCACCACAAGAUGUUUAUGAAGCUCCUGGUGCAGAUGUCAUCUUCAUGGCUGAACUGAACAAAGAUGGUGUGGAAGUCAAGUGGCUGAGAAACAACAUGAUUAUCAUCCAAGGUGACAAACAUCAAAUGAUGAGUGAAGGAAAAGUCCAUAGGCUGCAGGUGUGCGAUAUAAAGCCUCGUGACCAAGGAGAAUACAGAUUUAUUGCUAAAGAUAAGGAAGCAAGAGCUAAACUUGAAUUAGCUGCUGCACCUAGAAUCAAGACUGGUGAUCAAAACCUAGUGGUUGAUGUUGGGAAGCCUUUAACUAUGACUGUUCCAUAUGAUGCCUACCCAAGAGCAGAAGCUGAAUGGUUGAAAGGGGAGGAAAGUCUACCAACAACAACAGUUGAUACAACAACUGACUGUACUACCUUCAAAAUUUAUGAAGCAAAGAAAUCAGAUAAAGGAAGGUACAAGGUUGUACUUCGAAACAAACAUGGACAGGCAGAAGCUUUCAUCAAUGUAAAGGUCAUUGAUGUUCCAGGGCCAGUUAGAAACUUGGAAGUCACUGAAACUUAUGAUGGUGAAGUUGGCCUUGCCUGGCAAGAACCAGAAAGUGAUGGUGGAAGUAAAAUCAUUGGCUAUGUUGUUGAAAGGCGUGAUAUCAGGCGUAAGACUUGGAUUGUGGCCACUGAUCAUGCUGAAAAUUGUGAAUACACUGUUACUGGACUUCAGAAAGGAGGAGUUGAGUACCUCUUCCGUGUAAGCGCACGGAACCGAGUGGGUACUGGUGAACCAGUAGAAACAGAGAGACCUGUGGAAGCUAAAAGCAAAUUUGAUGUUCCUGGUCCUCCUCAAAAUGUAGAAGUUACUGAUGUGAAUAGGUCUGGUGCUACGCUUACCUGGGAAGUUCCUGAGUAUGAUGGAGGAUCUCCAAUUACUGGCUAUGUUAUUGAACUGCGUAACAGAGGUUCCAUCAAAUGGGAGCCAACUAUGACCACUGGAGCUGAUGAACUGUCAGCUGUCCUGACUGAUGUUGUGGAAAAUGAAGAAUAUUUCUUCAGAGUUAGAGCUCAAAAUAUAGUUGGAGUUGGCAAACCAAGUCAUCCUACACGUGCAGUGAAGAUUAUGGACCCAAUUGAGAGACCAAGUCCUCCCAUUAACCUUGAUCAUUCAGAUCAAACAAAAACAUCAGUGCAGCUCACAUGGGAGCCUCCACUCGAAGAUGGAGGAAGUCCAAUCUUAGGAUAUAUUAUUGAAAGGAGAGAAGAAGGAACAGACAAAUGGAUCCGCUGUAACCCAAAACUAGUACCAGCGCUUACUUUUAAGGUAACUGGAUUGAAAGCAGGGUCUAGCUAUUACUACAGAGUCUCAGCAGAAAAUGCAGCUGGGGUGUCUGAUCCAGCUGAGGCUAUUGGACCAUUAACUGCAGACGAUCCUUUUGUUGGACCUACAAUGGACCUAAGUGCAUUUAAAGAUGGACUAGAAGUUAUUGUUCCAGAGCCAAUAAAGAUCCAUGUUCCUAUCACUGGCUACCCUAUUCCAACUGCCACAUGGUCUUUUGGUGAGCAAGUCUUAGAAGAAGGUGAUCGUGUAACAGUGAAGACCACUGCUGCCUUUGCAGAACUUGUAAUUACUCCAAGCGAACGUCCAGACAAGGGAAUUUAUACCUUAACAUUAGAAAACCCUGUAUCAUCUGUUUCAGGAGAAAUCAAUGUUAACGUCAUUGCUCGCCCAGGUGCUCCAAAAGAGCUUAAAGUUGUAGACGUAAGCAGGAGUACAGUACAGCUGUCAUGGGAACCUCCAGAAGAUGAUGGUGGAAGUCCAGUUAUUGACUAUAUAAUUGAAAAACGUGAAGUAAGCCGGAAAACAUGGAUCAAGGUUAUGGAUCAUGUCGUGGACCAAGAGUUGUCUGUACCUGAUCUCAUCCAAGGAAAAGAAUAUUUAUUUAGAGUUUCUGCACGCAAUAAGUGUGGCCCAGGAGAGCCUGCAUAUAUUGAUGAACCCAUAAAUAUGUCAGCACCAGCAACGGUGCCCGAUCCACCUGAGAAUGUUAAAUGGAGAAAUCCAACUUCAAAAGGAAUCUUCCUAACAUGGGAACCUCCCAAAUAUGAUGGUGGUGCUCGCAUCAAGGGCUAUCUGGUAGAAAAAUCACAACGUGGCACAGAUAAGUGGGAGAUAUGUGGGGAGCCUGUUAUUGAAACAAAAAUGGAAGUAACAAAACUUACGGAAGGAGAGUGGUAUGCGUAUCGGGUUAAGGCUUUGAACAGAAUAGGAGCAAGCAAGCCAAGCAAGCCAACAGAUGAUAUUCAGGCCAUUGAUGCGAAAGAGGCUCCAGAAAUUUUCUUAGAUGUGAAACUGCUCGCUGGACUCACUGUGAAAGCUGGAACUAAAAUUGAGCUGCCAGCCAAAAUAACUGGAAAGCCUGAGCCCCGAAUUACUUGGACCAAGGCCGAAAAAAUACUGAGACCUGAUGAUAGAAUCACUAUUGAAACGAAACCUGGUCAUUCUACAGUCACUAUUACAGACAGCAAGAGGAGUGACAGUGGAACCUACAUUAUAGAAGCUGUAAAUUCCAGUGGACGUGCUACAGCUGUUGUUGAAGUUAAUGUUCUCGAUAAACCUGGUCCACCAGCUGCAUUUGAUGUAUCAGAAAUCACUAAUGAAUCCUGCCUUCUGACAUGGAAUCCUCCCCGAGAUGAUGGAGGUUCUAAAAUUACUAACUAUAUCCUUGAGAAAAGAGCUACGGACAGUGAAAUAUGGCAUAAAUUGUCAUCGACUAUCAAGGACACUUCAUUCAGAGCUACCAAUUUAACUCCUCAUAAGGAAUAUGUGUUCCGAGUCAGUGCUGAGAACAUGUAUGGUAUUGGGGAGCCAGUACAGUGUAACCCCAUCAUUGCAAAAUAUUCCUUUGAUCCACCAGGCCCUCCAACAGGUCUCAAGCCUAUAGAGGUUACCAAAGAUUCAGUGACCCUAACAUGGAAUGAACCAGAUGAAGAUGGUGGCAGCCCCAUUACUGGCUACUGGGUUGAGAGAUACGAUCCUGAGCAGGAUAAAUGGAUAAAAUGCAAUAAAAUGCCAGUGAAAGAUACAACAUUCAAAGUUAAAGGUCUUACAAAUAAGAAGAAAUACAAGUUCCGUGUCUUGGCAGAGAAUCUUGCAGGACCUGGAAAACCAAGCAAGGAAACAGAGCCAAUCUUAGUGAAAGAUCCAAUUGAUCCACCAUGGCCCCCUGGAAAGCCAACAGUGAAGGAUGUUGGCAAAACGUCAUUAUUUCUGAACUGGACAAAGCCAGAACACGAUGGAGGGGCAAAGAUUGAGUCUUAUGUCAUUGAACUGUUAAAGACUGGAACAGAUGAGUGGGUGAGAGUGGCUGAAGGAGUGCCCACAACUGAACACUUUCUCAAAGGACUUAUGGAGAAACAAGAAUAUUCAUUCCGUGUAAGAGCUGUGAACAAGGCUGGAGAGAGUGAGCCUAGUGAACCCAGUGACCCUGUGCUGUGCAAGGAGAGGCUGUUUCCUCCUUCUCCUCCUCGAUGGCUUGAGGUUAUUAAUAUUACUAAAAACACAGCAGAUCUUAAAUGGACAGUGCCAGAAAAAGAUGGCGGCUCCCCAAUUACCAACUACAUUGUUGAAAAGAGAGAUGUAAGGAGAAAAGGCUGGCAGACUGUAGAUACAACAGUGAAAGAUACCAAGUACACAGUGAGCCCUCUGACUGAAGGCUCAUUGUAUGUCUUCCGUGUGGCUGCUGAAAAUGCCAUUGGGCAAAGUGACUACUGUGAAAUUGAAGAUUCAGUGCUUGCUAAAGAUACUUUCACAACCCCUGGGCCUCCAUAUGCUCUUACAGUAGUUGAAGUGACAAAAGGUCAUGUUGAUUUGAAAUGGGAACCACCUAAGAAUGAUGGUGGCAGACCAAUUCAAAGAUAUGUUAUUGAAAAGAAAGAAAAACUAGCCACCCGCUGGGUAAAAGCUGGCAAGACAGCUGGUCCAGAUUGCAAUUUCAGAGUGACUGAUGUCAUCGAAGGUAUAGAUGUACAGUUCCAGGUUCGUGCAGAAAAUGAAGCUGGCUGUGGUCAUCCCAGUGAACCAACUGAUCUCAUUCAUAUUGAAGAUCCAACAAGCCCUCCUUCACCUCCUCAGGAUUUACAUGUCACAGAUGCAGGUCGAAAUCAUAUUUGCAUUGCAUGGAAGCCACCAGAGAAGAAUGGUGGAAGUCCUAUUAUUGGGUACAACGUUGAGUUGUGUGAAGCAGGAACAGAAAAAUGGAUGCGAAUCAAUUCUCGUCCAAUAAAAGAUCUAAAAUGCAAAGUGGAGGAAGGUGUUGUUCCAGACAAGGAAUAUGUGCUGAGAGUCAGAGCAGUCAAUGCUGUUGGAGCCAGUGAGCCAUCAGACAUCUCAGAAAAAGUUGUUACCAAGGACCCGGACUGUAAUCCAACCAUUGAUCUAAAAACUCGUGAUAUUGUUGUUGUUAAAGGACAGAAAUUAAGUAUCCCUGUACCCUUCAGAGCUGUUCCAUCCCCAACAAUCACAUGGCACAAAGAUGGCAAAGAGUUAAAAGCUGGUGACAGAACAACGAUGAAGAGUGACUACACUUCUGCAUUGCUUGAAGUCAUAGAGAGUGUUCAUGCUGAUGCUGGCGUUUAUACAAUUACAUUGGAGAACAAACUGGCAUCGACAACUGGUUCUGUCAACGUCAAAGUCAUUGGUCCACCUGGACAGUGUAAAGACAUUAAGGCAAGCGAAAUAACUAAGAAUUCUUGUAAGGUAACCUGGGAACCUCCAGACUUUGAUGGUGGUACUCCUAUUCUGCAUUAUGUUCUGGAACGCAGAGAAGCUGGUCGUAGAACAUAUCUCCCAGUAAUGUCUGGUGAAAAUAAACUCUCAUGGCAUGUCAAAGAUCUUAUCCCAAACAGUGAAUAUUACUUCCGUGUUAAAGCUGUCAAUAAAAUUGGAGGAGGUGAAUAUCUUGAACUAAGAAACCCAAUUAUUGCAGAAGAUCCAAAACAGCCUCCAGAUCCUCCUGUUGACCUUGAGACCCAUAAUCCAACAUCAAAAUCAGUAACUCUUACAUGGAAACCACCACUGUUUGAUGGCGGAAGCAAGAUUAUGGGCUACAUAAUAGAAAAGCUUGCUAAGGGCAAGGAUGUAUGGGAAAGAUGCAAUGAAUAUCUGGUACCUCUAUUAACCUAUCCAGUGAAAGGUCUUGAGGAAGGGAAGGAAUACCAAUUUCGUGUUCGUGCUGAGAAUGCUGCUGGUAUUAGUGAGCCUUCUCGGAUUACUCCUUUUGUGAAAGCUGUGGAUCCCAUUGAGGCUCCCAAAGUCUUCCUUGCUGCAAACCUGCAGUCUGGUCUUGAGGUGAAGAAAGGUGAUGAGAUCAUACUUGAGGCACAUAUUUCAGGAUCACCUUAUCCAUCUAUUACUUGGCUGAGGAAUGAUGAAGUUAUCAGACCAGAGGAAAUCAAAAAGAGAGUAACCACAUAUACUAGGAAGAAGAAGGGUGUAACUGAAGAAGAGGAACCUUUUCAGCUUUCGCUGCCAGAACGUAUGAGUAUUGACAACCAUAAAAAAGGAGAGUCUGUGCUAUCAAUUCGUGACUCCAUCAGAGCUGACCAUGGCACAUUUACAAUUAAAGUGGAAAAUGAUCAUGGUGUUGCAAAAGCGUCCUGUGAAGUUAAUGUGUUAGAUAUUCCUGGGCCUCCAGUCAACUUUGUAUUUGAAGACAUGAGGAAAAAUUCUGUCAUUUGCAAGUGGGAGCCUCCCCUUGAUGAUGGUGGAAGCGAAAUCCUGAACUAUGUACUGGAAAAGAAAGACAACACAAAAGCUGAAAUAGGCUGGGUUACUAUCAGCUCAACACUCAGGCACUGUCAAUUCCAUGUAACAAAACUGAUUGAAGAGAAAGAAUAUCUCUUCCGUGUAUUUGCUGAAAAUAGAGUUGGAGCAGGGCCCCCAUGUGUUUCAAAACCAAUGACAGCAAAAGAUCCUUUCUCUCCACCAGAUCCACCUAAUAAGCCUGACGUGGAAGAUGUUACCAGCAACAGUAUGUUGGUUAAAUGGAAUGAACCAAAAGACAAUGGCAGCCCAAUCAUAGGAUAUUGGAUUGAAAAACGUGAAAUUAAUGGCACUCAUUGGGCUCGAGUCAACAGGAAUCUUGUGAAUGCUCUGGAACUAAAAGUUGAAGGACUAUUGGAAGGAUUAACCUAUAUCUUCAGAGUUUGUGCUGAAAAUGCAGCUGGCCCUGGUAAAUUCAGUCCACCAUCAGAUCCAAAAACUGCACAGGACCCAAUAAUGCCACCUGGUCCACCCAUUCCAAGGGUUGCUGAUACAACCUCAGUUUCUAUUGAGUUAGAAUGGGAACCUCCUAUGUAUAAUGGUGGUGGAGAUAUCACUGGUUACCAUGUAUACAAACAAUUAAUGGGAACAAAAGAAUGGUCUCGUUGCACAGAGAAGCCCAUUAAGGUCCGGCAGUAUACUGUGAAAGAAGUCAGAGAAGGUGCAGACUAUAAACUUCGUGUUACUGCACUUAAUGCAGCUGGUGAAGGACCACCUGGUGAAACUGAACCUGUAACCGUUGCAGAACCCCAAGAACCUCCUACUGUUGAGCUGGAUGUUUCUGUCAAAGCAGGCAUUCAGAUCAUGGCUGGGCAAACAAUUAAAAUUCCUGCUACUGUGACAGGGCGUCCUGCUCCCACCAUUGUAUGGACUGUGGAGGAAGGUGAAUUGGACAAAGAUAGAGUUGUUAUUGAAAAUGUUGGCACAAAAUCAGAAUUAACCAUUAAGAAUGCAUUGAGAAAAGACCAUGGAAGAUAUGUAAUUACUGCAACAAACAGUAGUGGUUCCAAAUCAGCGGGGACCAGAGUAGAAGUAUUUGAUGUUCCUGGACCAGUACUUGACCUAAAGCCAGUGGUCACAAACAGAAAGAUGUGCUUGCUUAACUGGUCUGAUCCCGAAGAUGAUGGAGGCAGUGAUAUCAUAGGCUUUAUUGUUGAACGGAAAGAUGCCAAAAUGCAUACAUGGAGACUAGCUAUCGACACAGAAAGAUCUAAAUGUGAUAUUACAGGUCUAGUUGAAGGGCAGGAAUAUAAAUUUCGUGUCAGUGCCAAGAACAAGUUUGGUACCGGUCCAGCUGUUGAAAUAGGACCAAUUCUUGCAGUUGAUCCAUUAGGUCCUCCAACAGCACCUGAGAGAUUCAUGUACACAGAGAGGACAAAGUCAACCAUUACACUUGAUUGGAAGCCUCCACGUAGUGAUGGUGGUAGUCCUAUCUUAGGAUAUAUUGUCGAGAAGAGGAGGCAUGAUUCAAAAGACUAUGAAAGAGUGAACCCAAGGCUCUGUCCAACCACAUCUCUUCUCGUUGAAAAACUUGAUGAACUCCAUAUGUAUGAAUUCCGUGUCAAAGCUGUUAAUGAGAUUGGAGAGAGUGAGCCGUCAUUGCCCCUCAAUGUAGUUAUACAGGAUGAUGAAGUACCUCCCACUGUAACAUUACGCUUAGCUGUGAGAGGAGAUACUAUCAAAGUGAAGGCAGGAGAGCCAGUUAAUAUUCCUGCUGAUGUGACUGGACUGCCAAUGCCGAAGAUUGAAUGGGACAAGAAUGAAGUUUUAAUUGACCAAACAUCCAGUGCACUUAAGAUAACAAAGGAAGAAGUAUCAAGAAGUGAGGCAAAAACUGAACUUACCCUGCCUGCAGCCACAAGAGAUGAUAAAGGCACUUACACUGUGAGAGCUACCAAUCGUCUUGGCACUGCGUUUCGCAAUGCGCAUGUUGAAGUGUAUGAUCGUCCUUCUCCACCAAGAAACCUUGCUGUUUCUGAUAUUAAAGCAGAAUCAUGCUAUUUAACAUGGGAUGCACCUCUUGAUAAUGGUGGUAGCGAAAUUACCCAUUACAUUAUUGAGAAACGUGAUGCUAGUAGGAAGAAGUCAGAGUGGGAAGAAGUCUCCAACAGUGCUGUAGACAGAAGAUAUGGGGUGUGGAAUCUUGCAACAAAUGAAAAAUACCAGUUUAGAGUCCGGGCUGUAAACAAAUACGGAAUAAGUGAUGAAUGCCUCUCAGAAAAAGUUGUUAUUAAGGAUCCCUAUGGCCUUCCUGGACCUCCUGGAAAGCCCAAAAUUUUAGAUCACACUAGAUCAUCAAUGCUGGUGGCAUGGGAGCCUCCUUUGGACAACGGUGGCAGCCCAAUAACUGGCUAUUGGUUGGAGAAGAGAGAGGUGGGAGGUGUCUACUGGUCACGAGUUAAUAGGGCUCCAGUAACGAAACCAUCAGUAAAGGGUUUACAGUACAAUGUGCUUCGCUUGGCUGAAGGUGUUGAAUAUCAGUUCAGAGUUAUGGCUGAAAAUCUUGCUGGAAUUGGCCCACCCAGUGAACCGUCAGAUCCUGCUUUAGCAGCAGAUCCCAUAUUUGUGCCUGGCCCACCAUCUUGUCCAGAGAUCAAAGACAAAACCAAAUCAUCUGUAUCUCUUGCGUGGAAGCCUCCACAAAAGGAUGGUGGUAGCCCAAUAAAAGGAUAUAUUGUUGAAAUGCAAGAUGAAGGUAGUACUGACUGGAAAAAGGUGAAUGAAGGAGACAAACUCUUUCCCACUUGCGAAUGUGUUAUUCCCAAUUUGAAAGAGCUCAGAAAAUACCGAUUCAGGGUGAAAGCUGUAAAUGCUGCUGGAGAAUCAGAACCAAGUCCUGCGACAUCUGACAUACCUAUCCAAGAUAUUUUAGAGGAACCAGAAAUCUUCCUUGAUAUUGGAGCACAGGAUUUUCUCUCUUGUCGUGCUGGCACAACAAUUAAAAUCCCAGCUGUUAUCAAAGGUCGUCCAGUUCCAAAAUCAUUUUGGGAAUUUGAAGGAAAAGCAAAGACAACAGCAAAGGAGGGAGGUCAUAAUGUACCUGAAGAAGCUCAGGUGGAAGCAACUGAUACACGUUCAGUGAUAAUCAUCCCUGAGUGCAACAGAAGUCAUUCGGGACGAUACAGUAUUACAGCAAAAAACAAAGCAGGACAAAAAACAGCACAUAUCAGAGUCAAUGUUCUUGAUGUCCCAGGUCCACCAAAAGACCUAAAAGUAAGUGAUAUCACAAGAGGUAGUUGCAAACUUUCAUGGAAGAUGCCAGAUGAUGAUGGCGGAGAUAGAAUCAGAGGAUAUGUUAUUGAAAAAAGAACUAUUGAUGGGAAAGCCUGGACAAAAGUCAAUGCAAACUGUGGAAGCACUUCCUUUGUUGUGCCUGAUCUCAUAUGUGGUCAAGAGUAUUUCUUCCGGGUACGUGCAGAAAACCGUUUUGGUGUUGGCCCACCUGCAGAAACUAUCCAACGAACCACAGCCAGGGAUCCAAUCCAUCCUCCUGAUCCACCUAUUAAAUUGAAGAUUGGCCUUGUAACCAAGAACACAGUGAGCUUGACGUGGAAACCUCCAAAGAAUGAUGGCGGAGCUCCUGUUACUCAUUAUAAUGUUGAAUGUCUCCAUUGGGAUCGUACUGGAGAAGUGAAAGAGACUUGGAAACAGUGCAAUAGACGUGAUGUGGAGGAAACAAAGUUUACUGUUGAGGAUCUUAUAGAAGGUGGUGAAUAUGAAUUCAGAGUCAAGGCUGUAAACAUAGCAGGUCCUAGCAGGCCUUCAGCUACUGUCGGUCCACUUGUUGUCAAAGACCAAACGUGCCCACCAUCUAUUGAACUCAAAGAAUUUAUGGAGGUUGAAGAAGGAACAGAUGUUAACAUUGUGGCCAAGAUAAAGGGCAUACCCUUCCCAGCACUAACUUGGGAAAAAGCUUCUCCAAAGAAACCGGAUGACAAAAAGCCAGUGUCAUAUGACCAACAUGUCAACAAGAUUGUUGGUGAAGAUUCUUGCACUUUAUUGAUUCAGCAGUCUCGCAGAAGUGAUACAGGUUUAUAUACUAUAACAGCUGUAAAUAAUUUGGGAACUGCUUCAAAGGAGAUGAGACUAAAUGUUCUGGGCCGUCCUGGACCUCCAGUGGGCCCAAUUAAGUUUGAAUCCAUUUUGGCUGACAAAAUGACAAUAUCGUGGCUUCCUCCGUUAGAUGAUGGUGGUUCUAAGAUUACAAACUAUGUUAUUGAGAAAAAAGAAGCAAAUAGGAGAACGUGGGUACCAGUUACAAAUGAGCCCAAGGAAUGUUUAUUCACUAUUCCCAAGUUGAUGGAAGGCCAUGAGUAUGUGUUCCGCAUUAUGGCGCAAAAUAAGUAUGGUAUUGGAGAACCUUUGGACAGUGAACCAGAAACAGCAAGAAACCUUUUCACUGUUCCUGGACCAUGUGACAAACCAACAGUUAGCAGUAUAACACGUGACUCUAUGACUGUAAAUUGGGAAGAACCAGAACAUGAUGGUGGCUCUCCUAUUACCGGUUACUGGUUGGAGCGCAAAGAAACUACCGGAAAGAGAUGGACCAGGAUUAAUCGUGACCCAAUCAAACCUAUGGCACUCGGUGUUUCAUACAAAGUUACUGGUCUUAUUGAAGGUUCUGAAUAUCAAUUUCGUGUAUCGGCUAUUAAUGCAGCUGGUGUUGGACCACCAAGCAUGCCGUCUGAUCCAGCAAUUGCUAGAGACCCUAUUGCCCCACCUGGCCCUCCUAUUCCAAAAGUUACUGAUUGGACAAAAUCUUCUGUGGACUUGGAGUGGACUCCACCAUUAAAGGAUGGAGGCUCUAGGAUCACUGGGUACAUUGUUGAGUAUAAAGAGGAAGGAAAGGAAGAAUGGGAAAAGGUAAAGGAUAAAGAAAUCAGAGGAACCAAGUUUGUUGUAGCAGGAUUAAAAGAAGGGUGUUUUUAUAAAUUUAGAGUAAGGGCAGUGAAUGCUGCUGGCAUUGGAGAGCCUGGAGAAGUCACAGACAUUAUUGAAAUGAAGGACAGAAUUGUGGCUCCUGAUAUUAAUUUGGAUGCAAGUGUCAGGGACAGAAUUGUUGUUCAUGCUGGAGGAGUAAUUCGAAUCAUAGCAUAUGUAUCAGGAAAACCAGCUCCAACAGUGAGUUGGAGCAGAGAUGAUCAAGCUUUACCAGAAGAAGCUAAAAUUGAAGAAACAGCUAUAAGUUCUUCUUUAGUCAUCAAGAAUUGCAAACGGAGCCACCAGGGUAUAUACACUCUUCUUGCUAAAAAUGCAGGUGGUGAGCGGAAGAAGACCAUUAUUGUUGAUGUGCUAGAUGUGCCAGGCCCAGUUGGCAUGCCAUUCCUUACUGAGAACCUAACAAGUGACUCUUGUAAAUUGACAUGGUUUACUCCAGAAGAUGAUGGUGGUUCUCCUAUUACCAACUACAUAAUUGAAAAACGUGAAUCUGACCACAGAGCCUGGACUCCAGUAAGCUAUACAGUUACAAGACAGAACGCUGUUGUUCAGGGACUGACUGAAGGGAGUGCCUACUUUUUCCGAAUUGCAGCAGAGAAUAUUAUUGGCAUGGGUCCUUUCACAGAGACAACAAAAGAACUUAUCAUUAGAGAUCCAAUAACUGUUCCUGACCGUCCUGAAGACCUGGAGGUUAAAGCAGUUACGAAGAACUCUGUUACAUUAACUUGGAAUCCUCCAAAAUAUAAUGGAGGCUCGGAUAUCACCAUGUAUGUUCUGGAGAGUCGUCUCAUUGGAAAAGAAAAAUUCCACAGAGUUACUAAGGAGAAAAUGCUUGAUAGGAAAUACACUGUAGAAGGCUUGAAAGAGGGUGACACCUAUGAAUAUCGUGUGAGUGCUUGCAAUAUUGUGGGGCAAGGCAAGCCAUCAUUUUGCACAAAACCAAUCACAUGCAGGGAUGAAAUCGCUCCUCCAACACUUGACCUUGACUUCAGAGACAAACUUAUUGUUCGGGUUGGUGAAGCUUUCAGCCUAACUGGACGUUACUCAGGAAAGCCUGCACCAAAGAUUACUUGGCUGAGGGAUGAUAUUGUUUUGAAAGAAGAUAAUCGUACGAAGAUUAAGACAACUCCUACGACACUUUGUCUGGGGGUACUAAAAUCUGUCCGUGAAGAUUCAGGCAAAUACUGUGUUAUUGUAGAGAACAGCACAGGAUCAAGAAAAGGGUUUUGUCAAGUUACUGUUGUUGAUCGCCCGUCACCUCCAGUGGGUCCAGUUAUAUUUGAUGAAGUUCAUAAAGAUCAUAUGAUAGUUUCCUGGAAACCUCCACUUGAUGAUGGAGGCAGUGAAAUUACAAACUACAUUAUUGAGAAGAGGGAUACACACAGAGACCUGUGGAUGCCAGUUACAUCUGCUACAGUUAAGACAACAUGCAAAAUUCCUAAGCUGCUUGAAGGAAGAGAAUAUCAAGUUCGAAUUUAUGCUGAAAAUCUCUACGGCAUAAGCGAUCCUCUCAUCUCUGAUGAGAUGAAAGCCAAGGACCGUUUCAGUGUUCCUGAUGCACCUGAACAACCAGUUAUUAAGGAUGUUACAAAAGACUCUGCAGUAGUAGUUUGGAACAAACCAUAUGACGGAGGCAAGCCAAUAACAAACUAUAUUGUGGAAAAGAAGGAAACAAUGGCUACUAGAUGGGUCAGAGUUACCAAAGACCCAAUUUUCCCAAGUACUCAGUUCAAAGUUCCUGACCUCCUUGAAGGCUGCCAGUAUGAAUUCCGUGUUUCAGCAGAAAAUGAAAUUGGUGUUGGUAAUCCUAGUCCACCAUCAAAGCCAAUUUUUGCUAGAGAUCCAAUUGUAAAACCAAGUCCACCUGUUAAUCCGGAAGCAGUAGAUAAAACUAAGAAUUCUGUUGACUUGACUUGGCAACCACCACGCCAUGAUGGUAAUGGAAAGAUAAUUGGCUACCUUGUUGAAUAUCAGAAGGUUGGAGAUGAAGAAUGGAAAAAGGCCAAUCUUACACCAGAUUCUUGUCCUGAGACAAAAUAUAAAGUCACUGGACUUACUGAGGGUUUGACCUAUAAGUUCAGGGUCAUGGCAGUCAAUGCAGCAGGUGAAUCUGAACCAGCCUAUGUUCCUGAUCCAGUAGAAGUAAAGGACAGACUUGAACCUCCUGAGCUGAUACUUGAUGCUAAUAUGGCCCGGGAACAGCAUGUAAGAGCAGGAGAUACACUGAGACUUAGUGCUGUUAUUAAAGGUGUUCCGUUUCCAAAAGUUUCUUGGAAGAAAGAAGACAAGGAAGUCUCACCCAAAGCUGAUAUUGAGGUUACAGGUGUUGGCAGUAAGCUUGAAAUUCGUAACGCUGCCCAUGAAGAUGGUGGAAUUUACUCCCUGACAGUUGAAAAUCCAGCUGGUUCAAAGACUGUUUCAGUGAAAGUUCUUGUCUUAGAUAAGCCUGGUCCACCUAGAAAUCUGCAAGUCAGUGAUGUUAGAAGUGAUUCUUGCUACCUGACAUGGAAGGAACCAGAAGAUGAUGGUGGCUCUGUUAUUACCAACUAUGUGGUGGAAAGGAAAGACGUAGCUUCUGCACAGUGGAUAUCUGUCUCAUCGACCUCCAAGAAACGCAGUCACAUGGCUAAAUAUCUCAUGGAAGGCACUCAGUAUCUUUUCCGAGUUGCAGCUGAGAAUCUGUUUGGUAGAGGACCAUAUGUGGAAACACUCAAGCCAAUUAAAGCAAUAGAUCCACUGCAUCCUCCUGGGCCACCGAAGAAUCUGCAUCACGUAGAUGUUGACAAGACUGAAGUUUCCCUUGUUUGGAAUAGACCAGAUCGUGAUGGCGGUGCUGAGAUAACUGGAUAUUUGGUAGAAUAUCAGGAAGAUGGUGCAGAUGAGUGGACAAAGUUCCAAACAGUCCCAAUGCUAGACUGUGUUGUUACAGGCCUACAAAAAGGAAAAAUAUACAAAUUCCGUGUGAAAGCUCAAAAUAUUGUGGGUCUCAGCCUUCCAGAUACAACGAUACCAAUAGAAUGUCAAGAAAAACUAGUACCUCCAUCUGUAGAACUAGAUGUGAAGUUAAUUGAAGGUCUUGUUGUUAAAGCUGGUACCACAGUGAGACUUCCUGCAAUUAUGAGAGGUGUGCCAGUUCCCACUGCAAAAUGGGUUACUGAUGACACUGAAAUUAAGACGGAAGGCAGACACAAGAUAGAGACUGACAAUUAUUCAACUGUACUUACCAUCAAAGACUGUGUAAGAAAAGAUACGGGAGAAUAUCUACUCACAGUAUCUAAUGCAGCUGGCCACAAAACUGUUGCUCUACAUCUUACAGUUUUGGAUGUUCCUGGCCCACCGACUGGUCCUAUUAAUAUUCUUGAAGUAACACCAGAACAUAUGGUUAUCUCUUGGCGCCCUCCUAAAGACGAUGGUGGGAGUCCUAUAAUAAACUAUAUUGUUGAGAAGCGUCAAUCAAAGAAAGAGACUUGGGGAGUAGUUAGCUCUGGAACAAGUCACACAAAAAUUAAGAUUCCACGACUGCAGAAAGGCUGUGAAUAUAUUUUCCGUGUUCGGGCAGAAAAUAAGAUAGGCAUUGGUGCGCCUCUUGAUUCAGAACCAACAGUUGCUAAAUAUAUGUUUGAUCCACCAUCCCCACCUGGUAAACCAAUAGUGUUUGAUAUUACAGAAAAUGCUGCAACAGUAUCUUGGACCCUACCAAUGUCAGAUGGUGGAACUCCAAUAACUGGUUAUAUACUUGAGCGUCGAGAAGCAUCUGGUAAAUGGGUGCGUGUCAAUAAGACACCAAUACUUGAUAUGAAAUACAGAGUCACUGGUCUCUUUGAAGGCAACACAUAUGAAUUCAGAGUUUUUGCAGAAAACAUGGUGGGCUUAAGCAAGCCGUCUCCAAGCUCUGAUCCAAUAAAGGCGUCACGUCCUAUCACUCCUCCUGGACCACCCAUUAAUCCAAAAUUAAAAGAUAAAACCAGAGAAACAGCUGAUCUAGUCUGGACAAAACCCCUCAAAGAUGGUGGCAGCCCAAUUCUGGGAUAUAUUGUGGAAUGCCAGAAAACUGGAACUACACAGUGGAACAGGAUUAAUAAAGAUGAUCUCAUCAGACAAUGUGCCUUUAGAGUACCUGGGUUAAUAGAAGGAAAUGAAUAUAAAUUCCGAAUAAAAGCUGUCAACAUUGUAGGAGAGGGAGAGCCAAGAGAACUGGCAGAAACUGUACUUGCAAAGGAUAUUCUUUCUCCUCCAGAAGUAAGCUUAGAUGUGACUUGUCGAGACUUAAUUACUGUCCGAGUAGGCCAAACAAUCCAUAUUACUGGCAAAGUAAAAGGUAGGCCAGAUCCUGACAUAACGUGGUCUAAGGACGGCAAAGUUUUGGUACAGGAAAAACGCAUUGAAAUAAUCCAUGAUCUACCUAAUGUUGGACUGCAAGUAAAAGAAGCCAAAAGAUCUGAUCAUGGCAAGUAUAUAAUAGCAGCUAAGAACAGCUGUGGACAUGCUCAAGGUUUUGCCAUUGUGAAUGUACUUGACAGACCUGGACCAUGUCAGAACCUGAAAAUAAGCUAUGUCACAAAAGAUUCUUGUAUGAUUGCUUGGGAGAGUCCAGUGGACAAUGGUGGCUCAGAAAUCACAAAUUAUAUUGUAGAGUACCGUCAACCAAAUCAGAGGGGGUGGUCAAUUGUGUCCUCUGAUGUCACUAAACGGUUAGUAAAGGCAAAUCUUAUAGAGAACCGUGAAUACUUCUUUAGAGUUUGUGCAGAAAACAAAAUAGGUCCAGGUCCUUGCAUUGAGACCAAAACUCCCAUCCUUGCCAUAAAUCCUAUUGACAAGCCUGGAGAGCCGGAAAAUCUUCACAUUGCGGAGAAAGGAAAAACAUUUGUAUUUCUGAAAUGGAGAAGACCAGAUUAUGAUGGUGGAAGCCCGAAUUUAAGUUAUCAUGUGGAGAGAAAACUGAAAGAUUCAGAUGAAUGGGAAAGGGUUCAUAAAGGCAGCAUUAAGGAAACACACUACAUGGUUGAUAAAUGUAUUGAAAAUAAGAUUUACCAAUUCAGAGUUCAAACCAAGAAUGAGGCAGGUGAAAGUGACUGGGUAAAAACUGCUGAAGUUGUUGUGAAGGAAGAUCUGCAGAAACCAGUGCUGGACUUGAAGUUAAGCGGAGUACUAACAGUGAAAGCUGGUGACACAAUUAGAAUUGAGGCUGGAGUCAGAGGAAAACCACAGCCUGAAGUUGCAUGGACAAAAGACAAAGAUGCAACGGAUCUUACAAGGUCUCCAAGAGUCAGCAUUGAAACAACAUCUGACACAUCAAAGUUUGUUCUCACAAAAUCAAGGCGUAGUGAUGGUGGGAAAUAUGUGAUUACUGCGACUAACACAGCUGGUAGUUUUGUAGCGUAUGCUACUGUUAUUGUUUUGGAUAAACCAGGUCCUGUAAGAAACUUGAAAGUCACUGAUAUUUCAAGUGACAGAUGUACUGUUACCUGGGAACCUCCAGAGGAUGAUGGCGGUUGUGAAAUACAAAACUACAUCCUAGAAAAGUGUGAAAGCAAGCGUAUGGUUUGGUCUACAUACUCUUCUUCUGUCCUAACUAACUAUGCAAAUGUAACACGCCUCAUUGAGGGUAAUGAAUAUAUAUUCAGAGUUCGUGCAGAAAAUAAGAUGGGCACUGGUCCACCAACAGAAACACACCCAAUUAUCGCAAAAACUAAAUUUGAUAGACCUGGACGCCCUGACCCUCCAGAGGUAACAAGAGUAAGCAAAGAAGAGAUGACUGUCGUUUGGAAUCCACCAGAAUACGAUGGUGGCAAGUCAAUUACAGGAUACAUCUUAGAGAAGAAAGAGAAACGAUCAUUAAGAUGGGUUCCAGUUACUAAGACUGCUAUUCCAGAGAGACGCAAGAAGGUUACUAAUCUCAUCCCUGGUCAUGAAUAUCAGUUCCGUGUCAGUGCUGAAAAUGAAGUUGGACUUGGAGAACCAAGCUUGCCAUCAAGACCAGUAGUAGCAAAAGACCCAAUAGAACCACCUGGUCCUCCCACCAACUUGAGGGUGGUUGAUAGUACAAAGAGUUCAAUAACCCUUGGCUGGGGAAAACCAGUGUAUGACGGUGGUGCUCCAAUUAUUGGAUAUGUUGUGGAAAUUAGACCAAAAGUGGAAGGUGCUGAUCCUGAAGCAGGGUGGAAACGAUGCAAUGUUGCUGCUCAAGUUAUUCAUACAGAAUUUACAGCCACCAGUCUGGAUGAGAAACAAUUAUAUGAGUUCAGAGUUUCUGCCCAAAAUCAGGUUGGCUUUGGCCGGCCAGCAGAACUGAAAGAAGCUGUGUCUCCCAAAGAAAUACUUGAACCUCCUGAGAUUGAAUUGGAUGCAAGCAUGAGAAAGUUAGUCACAGUAAGAGCAGGAUGUCCUAUCAGACUUUUUGCCAUUAUUAGAGGUCGCCCAGCACCAAAAGUCACUUGGAGGAGAAUGGGUAUUGAUAACGUCAUCAGAAAAGGACAAGUUGAUCUGGUUGACACUAUGGCCUUCUGUGUCAUCCCUGAUUCAACACGUGAUGACUCAGGCAAAUAUUCAUUGACACUCGUCAAUGUAGCUGGAGAAAAGGCUGUGUUUGUGAACGUUAGAGUUCUGGAUACUCCUGGACCUGUGUCAGACUUCAGAGCUUCAGAUGUCACCAAGAUGUCAUGCCAUCUCUCAUGGGCACCUCCAGAGAAUGAUGGCGGUAGCCCAGUGACUCAUUACAUCCUGCAGAAACGUGAGGCUGACAGGAAGACUUGGGGAACAGUCACUGCAGAACUAAAGAAAACUAGUUUCCAAAUAGCUAACCUUGUACCUGGAAAUGAAUAUUACUUCAGAGUAACAGCGGUAAAUGAAUAUGGAUCAGGUGUUCCAAGUGACAUACCAAAACCAGUCCUAGCAACAGAUCCCUUAAGUGAACCUGAUCCACCAAGAAAACUUGAAGUUACUGAAAUUACAAAGAAUAGUGCUACUUUAGGCUGGCUGCCACCACUGCGUGAUGGAGGUUCAAAAGUUGAUGGGUACAUUGUUAGCUACAAAGAAGAUGAACAACCAGAAGAUCGUUGGACAGAAUAUUCAAUAGUCAAAGACCUCUCUAUUGUUGUAGCUGGUCUGAAAGAAGGAAAAAAGUACAAAUUUAGAGUGGCAGCUCGAAAUGCUGUUGGAGUAAGUUUUCCAAGAGAAGCUGAAGGAGUGUUUGAAAUUAAAGAACAACUCAUCCCACCUAAGAUCCUGAUGCCUGAUCAUGUUCACAUUAAAGCUGGGAAGAAGCUGAGAAUUGAAGCUCAUGUAUAUGGGAAACCUCAGCCAGUUUGUAAAUGGCUGAAAGGAGAUGAAGAUGUAAUCACAUCCAGUCGCCUUGCUGUGCAUAAAGCAGAAAAGUCUUCUGUUCUUAUCAUUAAGGAUGUGACUAGGAAAGAUUCUGGUUUUUACACUCUUACUGCAGAAAACAGCUCUGGUACUGACAGUCAGAAAAUCAGAGUGAUAGUCAUGGAUAAGCCAGGUCCACCACAGCCUCCAUUUGACAUUUCUGAAAUAGAUGCUGAUGCUUGCACUCUUGCAUGGCAUAUACCUCUUGAAGAUGGUGGCAGUAACAUUACCAACUAUGUAGUUGAAAAAUGUGAUGUAAGCCGAGGAGACUGGGUAACAGCUUUAGCUUCUGUCACAAAGACAAGCUGCAGAAUUGGAAAACUGAUUCCUGGAGAAGAAUACAUGUUCCGUGUUCGUGCUGAAAACCGUUUUGGGAUUUCUGAGCCACUUAAUUCUGACAAGAUGAUUGCAAGGUUCCCAUUUGAUGUACCCAGUGAACCAAAGAAUGCACGUAUUACCAAGGUUAAUAAGGACUGCAUUUUUGUUGCCUGGGAUAGACCAGAUAGUGAUGGAGGCAGUCCAAUCACUGGUUAUCUUAUUGAACGCAAAGAAAGGAACAGCUUGCUGUGGGUGAAAGCUAAUGAUACAGCUGUGCGUUCCACAGAGUACCCUUGUGUGGGGCUCAUUGAAGGUCUUGAGUAUGCUUUCAGAAUUUAUGCACUGAACAGAGCUGGAGCAAGUAAACCUAGUAAACCAACUGAGAUUGUCACGGCAAGGACACCAGUCGAUCCUCCUGGAAAACCUGAAGUUAUUGAUGUCACUAAGAGUACUGCAUCGCUGGUAUGGACAAGACCAAAGCAUGAUGGUGGUAGCAAGCUUAUUGGCUACUUUGUUGAAGCUUGCAAAUUACCUGGUGACAAAUGGGUCCGGUGCAAUACAACGCCACAUCAAAUACCUCUGGAAGAGUACACUGCUACUGAUCUGGAAGAAAAUGCUCAAUAUCAAUUUAGAGCAAUUGCUAAGACAGCAGUUAAUAUUAGCCGACCUUCAGAACCUUCUGAUCCAGUGACCAUUCAUCCAGAAAAUGUUCCUCCCAGAAUAGAGUUGGAUCUAUCUAUGCAAUCACAGCUAACAGUAAAAGCUGGAACUAAUGUACGUCUGGAGGCCAAAGUAUAUGGAAAACCAAUGCCAACCAUCACUUGGAAGAAAGAAGGAGAACAUUUAAAGCCAUCAGAAGGUGUUAAGAUAACUACUAAGAGAAAUCUUGCUGUUGUUGAACUGUUCAGUGUUAACAGGAAGCAAACAGGAGACUAUACUAUAACUGCUGAAAAUCCAAGUGGAUCAAAGUCAGCAACUAUUAGGCUUAAAGUACUUGAUAAGCCUGGUCCUCCAGCCUCUGUAAAAAUCAAGCAUAUGUAUGCAGAUCAUGCAAUGCUUUCUUGGGAGCCUCCUCUAGAAGAUGGAGGUUCAGAAAUUACUAAUUACAUUGUUGACAAACGUGAAACAAGCAGACCAAACUGGGCCCAAGUCAGCGCCACUGUACCCAUUACAAGUUGCACAGUGGAGAAACUAAUAGAAGGGCAUGAGUACCAGUUCCGUAUAUGUGCUGAGAACAAAUAUGGUGUUGGAGACCCUAUAUUGACUGAACCAGCAGUUGCUAAGAAUCCAUAUGAUGUACCCGGACCUUGUGAUCCACCUGUAAUCAGUAAUGUAACAAAAGACUUCAUGACUGUUAGCUGGAAGCCACCAGCUAAUGAUGGUGGGUCCCCAAUAACUGGUUAUAUACUUGAGAAGCGUGAAACUAAAGCUCUUAACUGGACAAAGGUAAACAGGAAGCCUGUCAUUGAAAGAACUGUUAAGGCUUCAGGACUCCAAGAAGGAACAGAAUACGAGUUCCGGGUGAUAGCAUUGAAUAAGGCUGGACCUGGCAAGCCUAGUGCACCAUCCAAAGCGGUGUAUGCUCGUGAUCCUCAAUAUCCUCCUGGCCCACCUGCUUUCCCGAAGGUGGUUGACACUACUCGUAAUUCAAUAAGCCUGUCAUGGAGCAAACCAGCAUAUGAUGGUGGAAGCCCUAUUAUUGGUUAUCUAGUAGAAUCAAAAAGAGCUGACACAGACAACUGGGUCAGAUGCAAUCUUCCCAAGAACUUACAGGCUACACACUUUGUGGUAACAGGGCUGAUGGAAGAUACAGAGUACCAGUUCCGCAUAUAUGCUGUCAAUAAGAUUGGAUACAGUGAUCCAAGUGAUGUCCCUGAUAAACACACUGCGAAAGAUAUUUUAAUUCCUCCUGAAGGAGAACUUGAUGCAGAACUAAGGAAAGUACUUGUAUUACGUGCUGGAGUCACAAUGAGACUUUAUGUGCCAGUAAGAGGACGACCACCUCCCAAGAUUACGUGGUCUAAAGUGGGUGCCAACUUAAGAGACAGACAAGGAUUAGAGAUCAAAUCAACUGAUUUUGAUACCUUCCUGCGCUGUGAAAAUGUAAACAAAUACGAUGCUGGAAGAUACGUCCUCAGUCUGGAGAAUAGUUGUGGUAAAAAGGCAUACACCAUUGUUGUGAAAGUACUUGAUACUCCAGGCCCUCCUGUUAACCUUGUUGUAAAGGAAGCAUCUAAAGAUUCUGCUUAUAUAACAUGGGAACCUCCACUAAUCGAUGGUGGCAGUCCAAUCACAAAUUAUGUUGUUGAAAAACGUGAUGCAGAAAGAAAGUCAUGGUCCACAGUAACAGCAGAAUGUCCAAAGACAAGCUACAGGAUAACUAACUUAGAAGAAGGCAAAUCCUACUUCUUCAGGGUUUUUGCUGAAAAUGAAUAUGGUAUCGGAGACCCCUGUGAAACUCGUGAUGCUGUUAAAGCUUCUGAAACACCUGGGCCAGUUGUGGAUCUAAAAGCUUCAGCUGUAACAAAAUCAUCUUGCAAUUUAGUAUGGAAAAAGCCUAUCAGUGAUGGUGGAAGCCGUAUUUUUGCCUAUGUUGUGGAGGUUCUCAUUGGUGAAGAUAAGUGGCAAGAAGUGAUGCGGUCAAAGAACCUUCAUUAUUCAAUGAGAGACCUAAAGGAAGGUCAAGAAUACACGUUCAGAGUUAGAGCCCAAAAUGAUGCUGGAUAUGGAACUCCAAGGGAGCUCACAAUUGUGGCAAGAGAUGAUGUUGUGGCACCUGAUCUUGAUUUAAGAGAUCUACCUGAUUUGUGCUAUGUAGCUAAAGAGGGUAGCAAUUUCCGUCUUAAAAUCCCUAUCAAAGGCAAGCCUUUCCCAACUGUAACUUGGAAGAAAGAUGAAGACAAGGCACUUACUGAGAGUGGAAGAGUUGCUUUUGAAUCUACGGCAGUAAACACAACACUUUUAGUACGUGACUGCCAGAAAGCUGAUGCUGGAAAAUACACAAUCACUUUGAAGAAUGUUGCUGGCAGCAAGGAAGGCACCAUUUCUGUGAAAGUUGUUGGCAAACCUGGCAUACCAACAGGUCCAGUGAAAUUUGAUGAAGUCACAGCUGAUGCCAUGACCUUAAAAUGGGGUCCUCCAAAAGAUGAUGGUGGUUCAGAAAUCACUAACUAUGUUAUAGAGAAAAGAGAUAAUAUAAGCAAUAAGUGGGUGACUUGUGCCUCUGCAGUCCAGAAAACUACAUUUAGAGUUACACGGCUUCAUGAAGGAAAUGAAUAUACGUUCAGGAUCAGGGCUGAAAAUAAAUAUGGAGUAGGUGAAGGUCUUAAAUCUGACCCUGUUGUUGCAAAACAUCCAUUUGAUGUGCCCGAUGCUCCUCCACCCCCCAACAUUGUUGAUGUUCGACAUGAUUCUGUAUCUUUAACUUGGACAGAUCCCAGAAGAACUGGAGGCUCACCAAUCACAGGUUAUCAUAUCGAAUUCAAAGAAAGAAAUAGUCUUUUGUGGAAGAGAGCCAAUACAAUUCCAAUCAGAAUGAAAGAUUUCAGAGUGACAGGAUUAACUGAAGGACUGGAGUAUGAGUUCAGAGUAAUGGCAAUCAAUAUAGCUGGAGUAGGUAAACCAAGUCCACCAUCUGAACCUGUUGUGGCACUUGAUCCCAUUGAUCCUCCUGGGAAACCUGAAGUUAUCAAUGUAACAAGGAACUCAGUAACACUUAUUUGGACAGAACCAAAAUAUGAUGGUGGACAUAAGUUAACUGGCUAUAUUGUUGAAAAGCGUGAUUUGCCUUCGAAGACUUGGACUAAAGCUAAUCAUGUGAAUGUUCCAGACUGUGCAUUCACUGUAACUGACCUUACUGAAGGUUCCAAAUACGAGUUCAGAAUUAGAGCUAAGAACACUGCUGGGGCUAUCAGUCCUCCAUCUGAAUCCACAGGAACCAUAAUAUGCAAGGAUGAGUAUGAGGCACCAACAAUUGUUAUCGAACCUACUUUGAAGGAAGGUUUAACAGUGAAAGCAGGAGACACAAUUACUGUAUCUGCUAUUAGUAUCCGUGGUAAACCACCUCCAACUUCAGCAUGGUCAAAAGCUGGAAAAGAUUUUAGACCUUCAGAGCUUGUGCACAUUGAAACUACACCCACAUCUUCUACCCUAACCAUCAAAUAUGCAGCCAGAAAGGAUUCUGGAGAAUACACAAUCACUGCAACCAAUCCUUUUGGCACUAAACAAGAGAGUGUACAUGUGAAAGUUUUAGAUGUUCCAGGACCUCCAGGGCCUAUUGAGAUCAGCAAUGUUUCAGCAGAAAAAGCCACUCUGACAUGGUCACCUCCUGCAGAAGAUGGUGGAUCACCAAUCAAAUCAUAUAUUCUUGAAAAGAGAGAAACUAGCCGAUUGCUCUGGACAUUAGUGGCUGAAAAUAUCGAGACUUGUAGGCAUGUUGUUAGCAAACUCAUUCAAGGAAAUGAGUAUGUUUUCCGUGUCUCAGCAGUAAAUCAAUAUGGCAAGGGUGAACCAGUACAAUCAGAACCAGUUAAAAUGGUGGACAGAUUUGGUCCCCCUGGUCCUCCUGGAAAACCAGAAGUAACAAAUGUGACUAAAAAUACUGUGACAGUUACCUGGAAAAGGCCAGUAGAUGAUGGCGGAAGUGAAAUCACAGGUUACUAUGUGGAGCGGAGAGAAAAGAAAGGUUUAAGAUGGGUCAGAGCAACAAAGAAACCAGUUUCAGAUCUUAGAUGCAAAGUAACUGGUCUCCUGGAAGGAAGUGAAUACGAAUUCCGUGUCAGUGCAGAAAACAGAGCGGGAGUUGGACCACCAAGUGAUGCUUCAAACUCAGUCAUGUGCAAGGAUGUUGCAUACCCACCUGGUCCACCUGCAAAUCCAAGAGUGACUGAUACUACAAAGACAAGUGCAUCUUUAGCCUGGGGCAAGCCUCACUAUGAUGGUGGUCUUGACAUCAUUGGCUACAUAGUGGAGCAUCAAAAGGAAGGAGAAGAAGAAUGGGUAAAAGACACGACAGGGACUGCUUUAAGAAUCACUCAAUUUGUUGUUGCUCAUCUGCAGACAGGAGCCAAAUACAAUUUCAGAAUCUCUGCCAUGAAUGCUGUAGGUACUGGUGAACCAGCACUAAUUCCCAGUGUGGAAAUCAAAGAGCGGGAAGAAAUUCCUGACUUUGAAUUAGACGCUGAGCUAAGAAGAACACUUGUUGUCAGAGCUGGGUUAACUAUUCGGAUUUUUGUGCCUAUUAAAGGACGUCCAACUCCAGAAAUUACAUGGACAAAAGAUGAUGUUUCACUCAAAGGACGUGCUAGUAUUGAAAAUACAGACUCUUUUACACUCUUGAUUGUCACAGAGUGCACCAGAUAUGAUGCAGGAAAAUACGUAUUGACACUUGAAAAUGCUGCUGGUAAGAAGACUGGUUUUGUAAAUGUGAAAGUCUUGGAUACACCAGGUCCACCAAUAAACCUUAAACCUAGAGAAAUCACCAAGGACAGCAUCACCCUCCAAUGGGAUAUGCCUCUGAUAGAUGGUGGUUCCCGUAUAACAAACUAUAUUGUUGAGAAACGUGAAUCAACUCGCAAAGCAUAUUCAACAGUCACAACAAAGUGCCAGAAGUGUUCUUUCAGGAUUCCUAAUUUGUCUGAGGGAUGUGAAUACUAUUUCAGAGUGUUGGCUGAAAACGAGUUUGGUAUUGGCGAACCAGCUGAAACUGCAGAACCAGUAAGGGCUUCUGAGGCACCGUCACCACCUGACAGCCUUAAUAUUAUGGAUGUAACACGAAACUCAGUUAGCCUGGCUUGGCCAAAACCAGAACAUGAUGGCGGCAGCAAGAUCACUGGAUAUGUAAUUGAAGCACAGAGAAAAGGAACAAACCAAUGGGCACACAUUACAACUGUAAAAACAUUGGAUUGUGUAGUGAAGAAUCUAACUGAAAAUGAAGAGUAUACUUUCCAGGUUAUGGCGGUUAACAGUGCUGGGAGAAGUGCCCCAAGAGAAAGCAGACCAGUUAUUAUCAAGGAACAAACAAUGCUUCCAGAGUUUGACCUUCGUAGUAUCUACCAGAAAACAGUCAUCGCCAAAGCUGGUGACAAUAUCAAGAUUGAAAUCCCUGUGCUUGGUCGUCCAAGGCCAACUGUGACUUGGAAGAAAGAAGACCAGAUACUUAAGCAAACGCAAAGGGUAAAUUAUGAAAAUACUGCAACGGCAACCAUACUAAACAUCAAUGAAUGUACACGAAGUGAUAGUGGUCGAUAUCCACUGUCAGCUAAAAAUAUUGUGGGAGAAGUUAGUGAAGUUAUUACAGUUCAAGUUCAUGAUAUACCUGGACCUCCUACAGGACCAAUCAAAUUUGAUGAAAUUUCUUCUGACUUUGUAACGUUUUCAUGGCAGCCUCCUUUGAAUGAUGGAGGUGUACCAAUAAGUAAUUAUGUCGUAGAGAUGCGUCAAACUGACAGUACCACAUGGACUGAACUGGCAACCACAGUGAUACGUACUACGUUUAAAGCCACUCGUCUUAAUACUGGAGUUGAGUAUCAGUUCCGAGUCAAAGCUCAAAACAGAUAUGGAACUGGUCCAGCCAUUACUUCAGAAUCUGUAGUUGCCAACUAUCCAUUUAAGGUGCCUGGACCACCUGGUACUCCUCAGGUGAUUGCAGUCACCAAAGAAACUAUGACCAUUAGCUGGAAUGAGCCAAUUACUGAUGGUGGAAGCCCAAUUCUGGGUUAUCACAUUGAAAGGAAAGAACGAAAUAGCAUUCUUUGGCAGACUGUAAGUAAAAUGCUGGUAUCAGGCAAUAUCUUUAAAUCAACUGGACUUAGUGAUGGCAUUGCAUAUGAAUUCCGUGUUAUAGCAGAAAAUCUGGCUGGCAAGAGUAGGCCAAGCAAGCCAUCUGAGCCUGUAUUUGCUUUAGACCCAAUAGAUCCACCUGGUAAGCCAGUACCUCUGAACAUUACAAGACACGCAGUGACACUGAAGUGGACUAAACCGGAAUAUAAUGGAGGUUUUAAGAUAACUGGCUACACUGUUGAAAAAAGAGAUCUUCCUAAUGGCCGUUGGCUGAAGGCUAAUUUCAGCAACAUAUUAGAGACUGAAUUCACUGUCAGUGGUUUGACAGAAGAUGCUGCCUAUGAAUUCCGUGUGAUUGCUAGAAAUGCUGGUGGGGCUGUGAGUCAGCCCUCUGAGCCAUCAGAUGCAAUAACUUGUAGAGAUGACAUUGAAGCACCAAGGAUAAGUGUGGAUGCUAAAUAUAAAGACACCUUAGUGCUGAAAGCGGGUGAAGUUUUCAGACUUGAGGCUGAUGUAUCAGGUCGCCCUCCACCAGCUAUGGUAUGGACAAAAGGAGAAAAAGAACUUCAAGACACAGCAAAACUAGAAAUAAAGACAGCAGACUUUUCUACUGUUCUUAUCAAUAAAGAUUCUUCAAGAAGAGACGGCGGUGCCUAUACACUUACUGCAACAAAUCCUGGUGGCUUCGCCAAGCAUAUCUUCAAUGUUAAGGUUCUUGAUAGACCUGGUCCUCCAGAAGGGCCAUUGGCUGUGUCCGAAGUCACUGCAGAAAAAUGUGUGCUGUCAUGGUUACCUCCUCUGGAUGAUGGAGGAGCAAAGAUUGACCACUAUGUGGUUGAAAAACGUGAAACCAGUAGAUUGGCAUGGACAGCUGUAGCCACUGAAGUUCCGCUGACUAAACUGAAGGUUACUAAGCUGUUGAAGGGCAAUGAGUAUGUGUUCCGUGUUAUGGCUGUUAACAAAUACGGAGUUGGUGAGCCUCUUGAAUCAGAGCCAGUUCUUGCAGUAAAUCCAUAUGUGCCACCUGAUCCACCUAAAACACCUGAAGUUACAGCAAUAACAAAAGAUUCCAUGGUUGUCUGCUGGGGCCAUCCUGAUUCUGAUGGUGGGAGCCCAAUAACUAACUACAUUGUGGAACGACGUGACAGAGCUGGUCUUCGGUGGGUAAAAUGUAACAAGCGAGUUGUUACUGACUUACGUUACAAAGUGUCCGGACUGACAGAAGGUCAUGAAUAUGAAUACAGAGUCAUGGCUGAAAAUGCUGCUGGAGUUAGUGAGCCAAGCCCAACUAGUCCAUUCUAUAAAGCUUGUGAUACUGUAUUUAAGCCUGGUCCCCCAGGUAAUCCUCGUGUUUUGGAUAGCAGCAAGUCCUCUAUUACAAUAGCAUGGAAUAAACCAAUAUACGAUGGUGGUUCAGAGAUUACAGGUUAUAUGGUUGAGAUUGCACUACCUGAGGAAGAUGAGUGGAAGAUUGUAACUCCUCCAGUAGGACUAAAGGCCACUUCUUUUACUAUCACUGACCUAAAAGAAAACCAAGAGUAUAAAAUCCGGAUAUAUGCUAUGAAUUCUGAAGGUCUUGGGGAACCUGCUCUUGUUCCUGGGACUCCUAAAGCUGAAGAAAGACUGCUACCCCCAGAGAUUGAACUUGAUGCAGAACUUCGUAAACUUGUAACUAUCAGAGCCUGCUGUACUCUAAGACUCUUUGUUCCAAUUAAAGGAAGACCAGCACCAGAGGUAAAAUGGACGAGAGAACAUGGGGAAUCUCUGGAUAGAGCAACCAUUGAAUCAACAAGCUCUUAUACUCUACUUAUUGUUGAAAAUGUAAAUAGAUUUGAUAGUGGCAAAUACAUGUUGACAAUUGAAAACAGCUCAGGUAGUAAGUCAGCAUUUGUGAAUGUCAGAGUACUUGAUACUCCAGGGGCACCUCAAGAUUUGAAAAUAAAAGAAGUUACAAAGUCAUCAGUUACACUCACAUGGGAGCCUCCUCUCAUAGAUGGUGGCUCUAAAAUAAAAAAUUACAUUGUUGAAAAGCGUGAAUCAACAAGAAAAGCUUAUUCAACUGUUAAUGCCAAUUGCCACAAGACCAGCUGGAAAGUUGAUUCACUGCAAGAAGGCUGCAAUUACUACUUCAGAGUCCUAGCUGAAAAUGAAUAUGGAAUAGGCCUUCCAGUUGAAACUUCAGAAUCUGUGAAAGUAUCAGAAAGACCACUUCCACCAGGAAAGAUAACUUUGUUGGAUGUGACAAGAAAUAGCGUAUCCUUAUCUUGGGAAAAACCUGAGCAUGAUGGUGGUAGCAGAAUUCUGGGUUAUAUUGUAGAAAUGCAAAGCAAAGGCAGUGAAAAGUGGUCAACUUGUGCUACAGUGAAAGUUACUGAAGCCACUAUCACAGGAUUGAUCCAAGGUGAAGAAUACACUUUCCGUGUUUCAGCUCAGAAUGAAAAAGGUGUCAGUGAUCCUCGCCAGCUGGGUAUACCAGUUGUUGCAAAAGACCUUGUGAUUCCACCAGCUUUCAAACUACUGUUCACUACUUUCAGUGUUCUAGCAGGAGAAGACUUAAAGGUUGAUGUUCCUUUUGUUGGUCGACCCAAACCAGCAGUCUUUUGGCAUAAAGAUAAUGUGGCAUUGAAGCAAACUACCAGAGUCAAUGCAGAAAGUUCAGAAAAUAACACAGUGUUAACGAUAAAAGAAGCAUGCAGAGAAGAUGUGGGAGCAUAUUUAGUUAAACUUACGAAUUCUGCAGGUGAAGCAACUGAGACCUUAAAUAUUGUUGUCCUUGAUAAACCAGGACCCCCAACUGGACCAGUCAAAGUAGAUGAAGUAACAGCAGAUAGUAUUACCAUUUCUUGGGAGCCACCCAAAUAUGAUGGUGGUAGCUCCAUUAAUAAUUAUAUUGUAGAAAAAAGAGACACUUCCACCACCAUUUGGCAGAUUGUGUCUGCUACUGUUGCAAGAACAACGAUAAAAGCGUGUAGAUUAAAGACUGGCUGUGAAUAUCAAUUCAGAAUCACAGCUGAAAACAGAUAUGGAAAGAGCACCUAUCUCACUUCAGAGCCAGUUGUAGCCCAAUACCCAUUUAAACUUCCUGGUCCACCUGGAACGCCUUUUGUAACGAGCACAUCAAAAGACAGCAUGGUGGUACAAUGGAAUGAACCAGUCAAUGAUGGUGGUAGCAAGAUCAUUGGGUAUCACUUGGAGCGCAAGGAGAGAAAUAGCAUUCUGUGGGCUAAGCUGAAUAGGACACCUAUUCCAGAUACCAAAUUUAAGACAACUGGCCUUGAGGAGGGUCUUGAAUAUGAGUUCAGAGUUUAUGCAGAAAACAUAGUAGGUAUUGGAAAAGCAAGUAGAGCAUCUGAAUGCUAUACUGCACAUGACCCAUGUGACCCUCCCGGACGUCCAGAACCUUUAAUUGUCACAAGAAGUUCAGUAACGCUUCAGUGGAAGAAACCUAUAUAUGAUGGUGGAAGUAAGAUUACAGGUUAUGUUGUUGAAAAGAAAGAACUACCUGAUGGUCGCUGGAUGAAAGCAAGUUUUACAAAUGUAAUUGAUACCCAAUUUGAAGUAACUGGUCUGGUUGAAAACCAGAGAUAUGAGUUCCGUGUUAUAGCACGAAAUGCUGCAGGUGUUUUCAGUGAGCCGUCUGAGAGCUCGGGUGCCAUUACAGCAAGAGAUGAAGUAGAACCACCUCAUAUAACUAUGGAUCCAAAAUACAAAGACACAAUUGUAGUACAUGCUGGUGAAUCAUUCAAGUUGGAAGCUGAUGUUCAUGGCAAACCAAUACCUUCCAUUCAGUGGCUAAAAGGUGAUCAUGAGCUCACAAACACUGCUCGUAUGGAAAUUAAAAGUACGGAUUUUGCAACAAGUCUCAGUGUGAAGGAAGCUAUUAGAGUUGACAGUGGUCAGUAUGUGCUAUUUGCAAAGAACGUUGCGGGCGAAAAGAAAGUUCCUGUUCAUGUCAAAGUUCUUGAUAGACCUGGACCACCAGAAGGACCUGUUGAGAUUACAGGUGUCACUGCUGAAAAAUGUAUGUUAUCAUGGAAACCUCCACUACAAGAUGGCGGUAGUGAUAUUUCACAUUAUGUUGUGGAAAAAAGGGAAACCAGUCGCCUGGUUUGGACUGUCAUUGAUUCAAAUGUGCAAACACUCAGUUGCAAAGUAACUAAACUUUUAGAAGGAAAUGAAUACGUUUUCCGUAUCAUGGCAGUAAACAAAUAUGGCGUUGGUGAACCUCUUGAAUCUGAACCAGUACUUGCAAAGAACCCAUUUGUAGUGCCACUUCCACCAAAGGCUCCAGAAGUCACAGCCAUUACCAAGGAUUCUAUGAUAGUUGUUUGGGAAAGGCCAGCCUCGGAUGGAGGUAGUGAAAUCCUAGGCUAUGUCCUUGAAAAACGGGACAAGGAAGGUAUUCGCUGGACAAGAUGUAACAAACGCCUGAUAAGUGAACUGCGAUACAGAGUGACUGGGCUGAUCGAAAGUCAUAAUUACGAGUUCAGAGUUUCAGCUGAAAAUGCUGCUGGUCUCAGUGAACCAAGCCUACCUUCUACUUACUAUAAGGCAUGCGAUCCUAUUUAUAAGCCAGGACCACCCAACAAUCCUAAGGUUGUGGAUAUUACAAGAUCAUCAGUUUUCCUUUCAUGGAGUAAACCUAUUUAUGAUGGUGGCUCUGAAAUUCAGGGAUACAUUGUAGAAAAAUGUGAUGUAAGUGAUGGUGAGUGGGCAAUUUGUACCCCUCCAACUGGAAUUAAGAACACCCAUAUGGAAGUAGAAAAACUAGUGGAAAAACAUGAAUACAAAUUCCGUGUCUGUGCAGUUAAUAAAGCAGGAGUUGGAGAUCAUGCAGAUGUUCCUGGUUCUGUUAUUGUGGAAGAAAAGAUGGAGGCUCCAGACCUUGACCUUGACAUGGAAUUAAGGAAGAUCGUAAACGUGCGGGCAGGAGGUUCCUUGAGACUGUUUGUUCCCAUCAGAGGUCGUCCAACACCUGAAGUAAAAUGGGAUAAAGUGGAUGGUGAGAUCAGAGAUGCAGCCAUUAUUGACACCACUAGCAGCUUUACUUCCCUUGUUCUAGACAAUGUCAACAGAUUUGAUACUGGAAAAUAUACCCUGACUUUAGAAAACAGCAGUGGAACAAAGUCUGCCUUUGUCAGUGUAAGAGUACUGGAUACUCCAAGUGCACCUAUUAAUUUAAAAAUCAGAGAGAUCACUAAAGACUCUGUUUCACUUUCGUGGGAGCCUCCUCUCUUGGAUGGUGGAGCAAAAAUAAAGAAUUACAUUAUUGAAAAGCGUGAAGCAACAAGAAAGGCAUAUGCAGCUGUUGUAACAAACUGCCACAAGACUUCAUGGAAAGUAGAUCAACUUCAGGAGGGCUGCUAUUAUUUCUUUAGAAUCUCUGCUGAGAAUGAAUAUGGAAUUGGCCUCCCUGCAGAAACCAGUGACCCAAUUAAAGUUGCUGAAGUUCCUCAGCCUCCUGGGAAAAUAACAGUGGAUGAUGUCACAAGAAACAGUGUUUCACUAAGCUGGGCAAAACCUGAACAUGAUGGUGGCAGCAAAAUUAUACAAUAUAUUGUUGAAAUGCAAGCAAAGGGUAGUGAGAAGUGGUCAGAGUGUGCUCGUGUGAAAACACUUGAAGCAGUUAUUACUAACUUAACUCAAGGGGAAGAAUAUCUUUUUAGAGUAAUGGCUGUAAAUGAAAAGGGUAAGAGUGAUCCUAGAGCACUUGCGGUUCCAGUAGUUGCCAAAGACUUGGUGAUUGAACCUGAUGUAAGGCCUGCUUUUCACAGUUACAGUAUCCAAGUGGGACAAGAUCUGAAAGUAGAAGUACCAGUUUCAGGUCGACCUAAACCAACUGUUACCUGGGUAAAAGAUGGCCAGACACUAAGGCAGACAACAAGAGUCAAUGUCAGUGAUGUGCCAGAUCUCACUGUACUGAAUAUUAAAGAAACUAGCAAAGAGGACACUGGUACUUACGAAAUCACAGUGGCCAAUGUUGUUGGGCAGAAGACUGCCUCUAUUGAAAUUAUAACUCUAGACAAACCUGACCCUCCAGUUGGACCUGUGAAGUUUGAUGAAAUAAGUGCAGAAAGUGUUACCUUGUCAUGGAAUCCUCCAGCAUACACAGGUGGCUGUCAAAUCACCAACUAUGUUGUUCACAAGAGAGAUACAACAACCACUGUAUGGGAAACAGUUUCAGCUACUGUUGCAAGAACUGUACUAAAGGUGACUAAACUAAAAACUGGUUCAGAAUAUCAGUUCAGAAUAUUUGCCGAGAACAGGUAUGGGCAGAGCUUUGCAUUGGAAUCUGCACCAGUUGUAGCACAGUACCCAUACAAAGAACCUGGACCUCCUGGCACACCAUUUGUGACAAUAGUUACAAAAGACUCCAUGGUCGUACAAUGGCAUGAACCAAUAAAUGAUGGUGGCAGUAAGGUACUGGGCUACCAUCUUGAGAGAAAGGAGAAGAACAGCAUCUUAUGGACUAAAGUGAAUAAGACUAUUAUUCAGGACACAAGUUUUAAGACAACUAACCUCGAAGAAGGAAUUGAAUAUGAAUUUAGAGUUUCUGCAGAAAAUAUUGUUGGUAUAGGUAAAACAAGUAAAGUUUCUGAGUGCUACGUAGCUCGUGAUCCAUGUGAUCCUCCAGGUCGCCCAGAAGCUAUAAUAAUAAAAAGAAGCUCUAUUACUCUACAGUGGACCAAACCAGAAUAUGAUGGUGGAAGUAAAAUUACUGGGUAUAUUGUAGAGAAACGUGACUUACCAGAUGGUCGCUGGAUGAAAGCUAGUUUCACAAAUAUCAUUGAAACUCAGUUCACUGUAACAGGGCUUACCGAAGACCAAAGAUACGAAUUUAGAGUCAUUGCAAAGAAUGCUGCAGGUGCAAUAAGUAAACCUUCUGACAGUACAGGACCAAUAACAGCAAGGGAUGAAGUUGAACUUCCACGAAUUUCAAUGGAUCCAAAGUACAAAGAGACAAUUGUUGUAAAUGCUGGUGAUACAUUCAGACUUGAGGCUGAUGUUCAUGGAAAGCCACUACCAACCAUUAAGUGGUACAAAGGAGAUAAAGAGCUUGAGGAAACUGCUAGAUAUGAGAUAAAGAACACAGAUUUCAGUGCAUUAAUAAUUGUAAAAGAUGCUAUUAGAAUUGAUGGUGGGCAGUUUAUUUUAGAAGCCUCUAAUGUUGCAGGAACAAAGACAGUACCAGUAAACGUAAAAGUCCUGGAUAGACCAGGCCCUCCUGUGGGCCCUGUCCAAGUAACCGGAGUUACAGCUGAAAAAUGUUCAUUGGCAUGGUCUCCUCCUCUUCAUGAUGGUGGCAGUGAUAUUUCUCAUUAUAUUGUAGAGAAGAGAGAAACUAGUCGCCUAGCAUGGACUGUUGUUGCUUCAGAGGUUCUACCUACAAUGCUGAAAGUAACAAAACUUUUGGAAGGAAAUGAAUAUAUUUUCCGUAUUAUGGCAGUUAACAAAUACGGAGUUGGUGAACCGCUGGAAUCUGUGCCUGUAAUGAUGAAAAAUCCAUUUGUGGUUCCUAGUCCACCAAAGGCCUUGGAAAUCACCAACAUCACAAAGGAUUCUAUGACUGUCUGCUGGAGCCGACCAGAUAGUGAUGGUGGUAGUGAAAUCAUAGGGUAUAUUGUAGAAAAGAGAGAUCGAGCAGGUAUCAGAUGGAUAAAAUGCAAUAAACGACGAAUUACAGAUCUGCGACUAAGAGUUACAGGAUUAACAGAGGAUCAUGAGUAUGAAUUCAGAGUUUCUGCUGAAAAUGCUGCUGGAUUGGGUGAGCCAAGCCAAGUUUCCCCUUACUUUAAAGCCUGUGACCCCAUGUUCAAGCCUGGCCCGCCUACAAAUGCCCAUAUUGUGGAUACCACUAAAAGUUCAGUUACGCUUGGCUGGAGUAAACCUAUUUAUGAUGGUGGCUGUGAAAUCCAGGGAUAUCUUGUAGAAAUCUGCAAAGCAGAUGAAGAUGAAUGGUCACUUGUUACUCCACAGACAGGUAUACGUGCCACUCGAUUUGAAAUCAAAAAGCUUACUGAACAUCAGGAAUAUAAACUACGAGUUUGUGCUCUCAACAAGGUUGGUGUAGGAGAGGCUGCAUCAGUUCCUGGUACUAUUAAACCAGAAGACAAACUUGAAGCUCCAGAACUUGAUAUUGAUUCAGAGCUAAGGAAAGGGAUAGUGGUUAGAGCUGGUGGCUCUGCUAGGAUCCACAUACCAUUCAGGGGACGACCAAUACCUGACAUCACAUGGUCUCGAGAAGAAGGUGAAUUCACAGAAAAAGUUCAAAUUGAUAAAGGCGUAAACUACACACAACUCUCAAUUGACAACUGUGACAGAAAUGAUGCUGGAAAGUAUAUUCUUAAGUUGGAGAACAGCAGUGGUUCUAAAUCUGCUUUUGUUAUAGUAAAAGUCUUAGAUACACCAGGACCACCACAAAACUUAAUAGUAAAGGAUAUAAAGAAGGAUUCUGCUGUACUAUCUUGGGAACCUCCAAUUAUUGAUGGUGGUGCAAAGAUAAAGAACUACGUAAUAGACAAACGUGAGUCAACCAGGAAGGCAUUUGCAAAUGUAAGCGCGAAGUGUGGCAAGACAAGCUUUAAAGUUGAAAAUCUUACAGAAGGAGCAAUCUAUUACUUCAGAGUCAUGGCUGAGAAUGAAUUUGGAAUUGGUGUUCCAGCUGAAACAGCAGAUGCUGUGAAAGCCUCUGAGCCACCUCUGCCUCCUGGGAAAGUAACACUCACUGACGUUACUCAGAGAAGUGCAUCACUUACAUGGGAAAAACCAGAACAUGAUGGAGGUAGCAGAAUUUUGGGAUACAUUGUUGAAAUGCUGCCUAAAGGAACAGAAAAAUGGAGUGUUGUUAGUGAGACCAAAACAUGCAGUGCAGUUGUUUCUGGUCUGAGUCCAGGCCAAGAAUAUCAAUUCCGUGUGAUUGCCUACAAUGAAAAAGGCAAAAGUGAUCCCAGAGCACUUGGAGUUCCUGUGAUAGCUAAAGACUUGACAAUUGAGCCAAGUUUUAAGUUGAUGUUUAAUACAUACAGUGUACAGGCUGGAGAAGAUUUGAAAGUAGAAGUACCAUUUAUAGGUAGACCAAAACCUACUAUUACUUGGACAAAAGAUGAACAGCCACUGAAACAAACAACCAGAUUAAAUAUUGAGAAUACAUCAACGUCAACUAUUCUACAUAUUAAAGAAAGCAACAAAGAGGACUUUGGUAAAUAUACAGUAACGGCAUCAAACACAGCAGGCACAGCAAGCGAGCAAUUGAGUAUAAUUGUACUGGAAAAACCUGGCCCACCACGAGGACCUGUGCGCUUUGAUGAAGUUAGCGCAGACUUUGUUGUUUUAUCAUGGGAUCCACCUGAUUAUACUGGUGGCUGUCAGAUAAGUAACUAUAUAGUAGAAAAGCGUGACACCAGCACUACCACAUGGAAUAUUGUGUCAGCAACUGUUGCAAGAACAACUAUCAAAGCAACAAAGCUUAAGACAGGUUCUGAAUACCAGUUCAGGAUUUCUGCUGAAAAUAGAUAUGGAAAGAGCUCUCCUUUGGACUCUAAGCCAGUUGUUGUGCAAUACCCCUACAAGGUGCCUGGGCCACCUGGAACCCCAUUUGUAACAGCAGCUUCCAAGGACCAUAUGAUUGUACAAUGGAAUGAACCAGUUAAUGAUGGAGGAAGCAAAGUUCUUGGCUACCAUCUUGAACGUAAAGAUAAGAACAGCAUUCUUUGGAUAAAACAGAACAAGUCACUCAUUGCAGACACCACAUAUAAAACAGAUGGCCUUGAAGAAGGUCUUGAAUAUGAGUUCAGAGUUUCUGCUGAAAACAUUGUUGGCGUUGGCAAAGUCAGCAAAGUAUCAGAGUUAUAUGUUGCCCGAGAUCCAUGUGACCCACCUGGCCGCCCAGAGGCAAUUGUUGUUACAAGAAAUAACAUUACACUGAGGUGGAAGAAACCAGAAUAUGAUGGUGGAAGCAAAAUAACUGGAUAUAUUGUAGAAAAGAAAGAACUACCAGACGGUCGGUGGAUGAAAGCCAGCUUUACAAAUGUUUUAGAAACAGAGUUUACAGUAAGUGGUCUUGUUGAAGACCAACGAUAUGAAUUCAGAGUCAUUGCAAGAAAUGCAGCUGGUUGCUUGAGUGAACCAUCUGAAAGUACAGGGCCCAUUACAGCCAGAGAUGAAAUUGAAGCACCGGGAGCUUCUCUGGAUCCUAAAUACAGAGAUGUCAUUGUUGUUCAUGCUGGAGAAACCUUUAUUCUUGAGGCUGAUAUUCAUGGCAAACCUAUUCCUGACAUUACAUGGUCAAAAGAUGGUAAAGAUCUUGAAGAAACAACUGCAAGAAUGGAAAUUAAAUCUACUAUUCAGAAAACAACUCUUACAGUCAAAGACUGUGUAAGAGUAGAUGGAGGUCACUAUACUCUUAACCUCAGAAACGUUGGUGGCACAAAAUCUAUACCUAUUACUGUAAAAGUGCUAGAUAGGCCAGGACCUCCAGAAGGGCCUUUGAAGGUUACUGGUGUAACAGCAGAAAAAUGCUACUUGGCAUGGGCUCCGCCUUUACAUGAUGGUGGUUCCAGUAUCUCACAUUAUAUCAUUGAGAAGAGAGAGACAAGCAGGCUUUCAUGGACACAAGUAGCUACAGAUGUGCAGGCCCUUAGCCACAAAGUAACUAGACUCCUUGCUGGCAAUGAGUACAUUUUCCGUGUAAUGGCAGUGAACAAAUACGGAACAGGAGAACCCUUGGAAUCUGAGCCAGUUGUGGCUUGUAAUCCAUACAAACCUCCCGGUCCUCCUUCAACACCUGAAGUUUCAGCGAUCACAAAAGACUCAAUGGUUGUAACGUGGAGUCGUCCAGAAGACAAUGGGGGAGCUGAAAUUGAAGGAUACAUACUUGAAAAACGAGACAAAGAUGGUGUCCGGUGGACCAAAUGCAAUAAGAAACGGCUGACAGACUUGCGAUUCCGAGUAACAGGUCUUACUGAUGGGCAUUUCUAUGAAUUUAGAGUUUCUGCUGAAAAUGCUGCAGGUGUAGGGGAACCCAGUGAGCCGUCCAUUUUCUAUCGUGCUUGUGAUGUAUUAUAUCCACCAGGUCCACCAAGCAAUCCAAAGGUUACAGAUACUUCCAGGUCAUCAGUUUCUCUUGCCUGGGGUAAGCCCAUUUAUGAUGGUGGUGCUCCAGUUAAGGGAUAUGUAGUAGAAGCAAAAGAAGCAGCUGCUGAUGAAUGGACUACUUGCACCCCACCAACAGGGCUACAAGCAAAACAAUUCACUGUAACAAAACUUAAAGAGAACCAGGAGUACAACUUCCGCAUCUGUGCCAUCAACUCAGAAGGAGUAGGAGAACCUGCUACUAUACCUGGCACAGUUAUAGCAGCGGACAAGACUGAACCUCCUGAAAUUGAACUUGAUGCAGAUCUCAGAAAAGUAGUCAUUGUACGUGCCAGUGGUACCUUACGUUUGUUUGUCACUAUCAAAGGAAGACCAGAACCUGAAGUUAAAUGGGAGAAAGCAGAAGGAACAAUUAGUGAUCGAGCUCAGAUCGAAGUCACUAGUUCCUACACAAUGUUGGUAAUUGACAAUGUGAAUCGAUUUGAUAGUGGCAAAUACAAUCUAACUUUAGAGAACAACAGUGGCAAAAAAACAGCUUUUGUUAAUGUCAGAGUGCUUGAUACACCUAGUGCACCAGUGAACCUGACAGUCAGAGAAGUGAAAAAAGAUUUUGUAACACUGGCGUGGGAACCACCACUUAUUGAUGGUGGAGCUAAAAUUACCAACUAUGUAGUUGAAAAGCGAGAAUCUACAAGAAAAGCAUAUGCCACAAUUACAAAUAACUGCACUAAGAAUUCCUUCAAAAUUACUCAGCUACAAGAAGGAUCUAGUUAUUAUUUCCGUGUUCUAGCUGUAAAUGAAUAUGGGGCUGGCUUACCAGCAGAAACACCUGAGCCAAUUAAGGCUUCAGAACCACCUUCUCCACCUGCAAAGGUCAUUCUUGUUGAUGUAACUCGCAACUCUGCUUCAAUUAAAUGGGAAAAGCCAGAGAGUGAUGGUGGCAGUAAAAUUACUGGUUAUAUAGUAGAAAUGCAAACUAAAGGAAGUGUGAAAUGGAGCACAUGUACCCAAGUAAAAACAUUAGAAGCAACAAUAACAGGAUUAACUAUGGGAGAAGAAUACAGUUUCAGAGUGAUUGCUACUAAUGAAAAAGGGAAAAGUGAUCCAAGAGAACUUGGUGUCCCAGUCAUUGCAAAAGAUAUUGAAAUCCAGCCAUCUGCUGAGCUCCUUUUCAACACAUUCACUGUGAAAGCUGGAGAUGAUCUUAAGAUUGAUGUGCCAUUCAGAGGGCGACCUCUUCCAUCCAUUUGCUGGAAGAAGGAUGGGAAUCCCUUAAAAGAGACAACCAGGGUGAAUGUUCAGACAUCAAAGACUUCAACUUCACUAUCCAUCAAGGAAGCUUCACAUGAAGAUCUGGGACAUUAUGAGUUACAUCUUUCAAAUUCUGCUGGAUCAACAACUGCUUCUUUAACUGUAGUUGUUCUUGACAGACCAGGACCACCAACUGAUGUUCAUAUUGAUGAAGUUAGUGCUGAUAGUGUAACUUUAUCUUGGAAACCUCCAGAAUAUGAUGGUGGGUGCCAUAUUAGCAAUUACAUUGUGGAGAAACGAGACACUACCACAACAACCUGGGACAUAGUAUCUGCAGCAGUUGCAAGAACAUCAAUUAAAGUAUCACGACUUACUACCGGUUCUGAAUAUCAGUUCCGUAUUUGCGCAGAAAAUCGUUAUGGGAAGAGCACACAUGUUAAUUCUCCAUCUGUUGUGGCAGAGUAUCCAUUUAAGCCCCCAGGACCUCCUGGUACUCCUCAUGUGGCACAUGCAACUAAAGCUUUCAUGAUUGUAACUUGGCAGGUACCAGUUAAUGAUGGAGGUAGCAGAGUACUAGGAUAUCACUUGGAACGUAAAGAAAGAAGCAGCAUUCUUUGGGCAAAAGUCAACAAAAGUCUUAUAACUGAUACACAGAUGAAAGUUACAGGUCUUGAUGAAGGUCUGAUGUAUGAAUAUCGUGUGUAUGCCGAAAACAUUGCAGGCAUAGGCAAAUGCAGUAAAUCAUGUGAACCAGUUGCUGCAAGAGAUCCGUGUGAUCCUCCUGGUCAACCAGAAGUUACUAAUAUUACAAGAACAUGUGUCUCACUGAAAUGGACUAAACCAGAAUAUGAUGGUGGAGCUAAAGUAACAGGAUACAUUAUUGAGCGCAGAGAGAUGCCAGAUGGUCGCUGGUUAAAGUGUAAUUUCACAAAUGUGCAAGAAACAUACUUUGAUGUAGGUGGACUUACGGAAGACCAGCGUUACGAAUUCCGUGUGAUUGCAAAGAAUGCUGCUGGACUCUUCAGUCAGCCAUCUGAAUCAACCGGACCUGUGACCGUAAAAGAUGAUGUAGAGGCUCCAAGAAUUAUGAUAGAUGUUAAAUUCAGAGAUGUUGUAGUUGUGAAAGCUGGAGAAGUGUUUAAAGUCAAUGCUGAUAUUGCAGGGCGGCCAAUACCAGUAAUUUCAUGGACAAAAGAUGGCAAAGAACUUGAGGGAAAAGCUAGAGUUGAAAUAGCCUCAACAGACUAUGCUACUGCAAUAACAGUUAAGGACUGUAUCCGAGGUGAUUCAGGACAGUAUGUACUAACAUUACAAAAUGUUGCAGGAACAAAAUCUUUGGCAAUUAAUUGCAAAGUACUUGACAGACCUGGCCCACCAGCAGGCCCACUAGAAAUAACUGGCCUUACUGCUGAAAAGUGUCAUUUAUCAUGGGGACCUCCUCAAGAGAAUGGAGGUGCAGAUAUUGAUUAUUAUGUUGUAGAAAAACGUGAGACCAGCAGAAUUGCAUGGACAAUUUGUGAAGGAGAGCUUAAGACAACAUCCUGUAAAGUGACAAAACUGCUGAAGGGUAAUGAGUAUAUUUUUAGAGUGAUGGGAGUUAACAAAUAUGGUGUUGGUGAGCCACUAGAAAGUGUUGCUGUCAAAGCCUUAGACCCAUUUACGGUUCCAAGUCCACCUACUUCUUUGGAGAUCACCAGUGUAAGCAAAGAUUCAAUAACUUUGUGCUGGGCAAGACCUGAGUCUGAUGGAGGCAAUGAGAUCUCUGGCUACGUAAUUGAAAGACGUGAGAAAACUAGCCUAAGAUGGAUACGUGUAAACAAAAAGCCGGUAUAUGAUUUAAGAGUGAAAUCAUCUGGUCUCCGUGAAGGAUGUGAAUAUGAAUUCCGAGUUUAUGCAGAAAAUGCUGCUGGUCUCAGCCUUCCAAGCCAAAGCACACCAUUAAUUCGGGCAGAAGAUCCAAUCUUCUUGCCAUCUCCCCCAUCUAAACCAAAGAUUAUGGAUUCCACAAGGUCAAAUAUCACAAUUGGGUGGACAAAGCCACUGUUUGAUGGAGGCGCUCCAGUAACUGCAUACACAGUUGAAUACAAGAAAACUGAUGAAACUGACUGGACAACUGCUAUUCAGAACUUAAGAGGUACAGAGUACACCAUAAGUGGGUUAGUGUCUGGCUCUGAAUAUGUCUUCAGAGUGAAAUCCAUCAACAAAAUGGGUGUCAGUGAACCAAGUGACAGCUCAGAACCUCACUUGGCAAAAGAAAGAGAGGAAGAACCUGCUUUCGAUAUUGACAGUGAAAUGCGAAAGACACUAACUGUAAAGGCUGGUGAAUCAUUCACAAUGACAGUUCCUUUCAGAGGCAAACCAGUCCCAAAUGUAACAUGGAACAAACCAGAUACUGAUCUCCGUACACGAGCAAGCAUUGAUGUUUCACAUAAUCGCACAUCUCUUACUAUUGAAAAGGCAACAAGAAAUGAUUCUGGAAAAUACACUUUAACGUUGCAAAACGUCCUGAACACUGUUACCUUGACUUUAGUUGUCAAAGUUCUUGACACUCCUGGCCCGCCAUCUCAUGUAACAACAAAAGAUGUAACUAAAGAAUCUGCUGUGUUAUCUUGGGAUGUUCCUGAUAACGAUGGUGGGGCACCUGUGAAGAACUACGUCAUUGAAAAACGAGAAGCUAGCAAGAAAGCAUGGGUCACUGUGACGAAUAAUUGUCAUCGCCUGUCAUAUAAAGUAACUGGUUUACAAGAAGGUGCCAUUUACUACUUCAGAGUUUCUGGAGAGAAUGAGUAUGGUGUUGGAGUGCCUUCUGAGACCAAGGAGGGAACCAAAAUAACAGAAAAACCCAGCCCACCAGAAAAACUUGGAGUGACAAACGUCACAAAGGACAGCGUUUCUCUGUCAUGGCUAAAACCAGAACACGAUGGUGGAAGCAGAAUUGUGAGCUACCUCAUUGAGGCUCUUGAGAAAGGACAGCAGAAAUGGGUUAAGUGUGCAGUUGUAAAGACAACUCAUCAUGUUGUCCAUGGUCUUAAGGAGAAUGUUGACUAUUUCUUCAGAGUGUCUGCAGAAAACCAAGCAGGGUUAAGUGAUCCUAAGGAACUACUUCUUCCUGUUACAGUUAAAGAACAAUUAGAAUCUCCUGAGAUUGACAUGAAGGGCUUCCCUCACAACACUGUGUAUGUUCGGGCAGGUUCAAACCUGAAAGUUGAAAUUCCAGUUUCUGGAAAACCAUUGCCAAAGGUGACAUUGUCUAGAGAUGGCGCACCAAUCAAACCCACCUUGAGAUUUCACACAGAAACAACAGCAGAAAGUUUCAUUGUUAACCUUAAAGAAAGUGUGGCUGCUGAUGCUGGCAGAUAUGAUAUCACUGCUGCUAAUUCGAGUGGCACCACAAAGUCAUUCGUUAAUAUUGUUGUGCUGGAUAGACCAGGUCCUCCUGUUGGUCCUGUUGUCCUUAGUGAUAUCACUGAGGAGAGUGUAACACUCAGAUGGCAGCCACCAGCUUAUGAUGGCGGAAGUCAAGUUACCAACUAUAUUGUACUGAAAAGAGAAACAAGUACAGCUGCCUGGUCUGAGGUCUCUGCAACCGUUGCUAGAACUGUUAUUAAAGUCAUGAAACUCACAACAGGAGAAGAAUACCAAUUCCGCAUUAAAGCUGAGAACCGCUUUGGCAUCAGCGAUCACGUUGACUCACAAUGUGUAGUUGUCAAACUUCCUUACACUACCCCUGGUCCUCCUUCCACACCGUGGGUCACUAGUGUCACCCGAGAGAGUAUUACAGUCGGAUGGCACGAACCAGUCACUAACGGUGGCAGCCCUGUCAUUGGAUACCACUUGGAAAUGAAGGACAGGAAUAGCAUAUUAUGGCAGAAGGCUAACAAGACCCUCAUUCGCACAACUCACUUUAAAGUCACCACCAUCAGUGCCGGCCUUAUCUAUGAAUUUAGAGUUUAUGCUGAAAAUGCAGCUGGUGUUGGAAAAGCAAGUCAUCCUUCUGAUCCGGUCCUUGCAAUUGAUGCUUGUGAACCACCAAGAAAUGUUCGUGUCUCAGAUAUUUCCAAGACUGCUAUUACUUUGUCAUGGCAGAAGCCAGCAUUUGAUGGUGGUAGCAAGAUCACUGGAUACAUUGUAGAAAAACGUGAUCUACCAGAUGGCAGAUGGUCAAAAGCUAGUUUCACCAAUGUUAUUGAGACUCAGUUCACAGUAUCUGGUCUGACACAGAAUUCCCAGUAUGAAUUCCGAGUCUUUGCCAAGAAUGCUAUUGGUUCCAUUAGUAAUCCAUCAGAUGUUGUGGGUCCUGUUACCUGUGUUGAUACAUAUGGUGCACCUGAAAUCGAUGUGCCGCCAGAAUAUACAGAAGUAGUGAAAUACAAAGCAGGAACUUCUAUUAAGCUAAAACUAGGCAUUUCAGGAAAGCCUAUACCAACAAUUGAAUGGUUCAAAAAUGGCAAUGAGCUGCAAAGCAGUUCACUACUGUCUAUCGAGAACACAACAGAAUUUGCUUCUAUACUCAUCAAGGAUGCAACUCGACUUAACAGUGGCACCUAUGAAUUAAAACUGAAGAAUGCCAUGGGAUCAGCCUCUGCCCAUGUGCGAUUACAGAUACUCGACAAACCUGGACCCCCAACUGGACCAAUACAGUUUAAGACAGUCACUGCAGAAAAGAUCACAAUAAUGUGGGACCCUCCAGCAGAUGAUGGUGGUGCACCUGUAACACACUAUGUUGUUGAAAAGCGGGAGACAAGUCGUGUUGUAUGGUCUUUAGUUUCUGAGAAAGAGGAGGGGUGUAUUAUAACUACAACAAAACUUGUCAAAGGAAAUGAAUAUGUGUUCCGUGUCCGUGGUGUGAACAAGUUUGGAGUUGGUGAUUCCUUGGAGUCUGAACCAGUUAUAGCCAAAAACUCAUUUGUUGCACCUGGACCACCUGGUGUACCAGAAGUCACAAUGAUAACCAAGAAUUCUAUGACUGUUGUCUGGAGUAGGCCCACUGUUGAUGGAGGUAGCGAAAUAUCAGGAUAUUUUCUUGAGAAGCGUGACAAGAAGAGUCUUAGCUGGUUCAAGGUUACUAAGGAAACCAUUCGUGACACCAGACAGAAAGUAACAGGUCUGACUGAAAACAGUGAAUAUCAUUUCCGAGUCUGUGCAGUCAAUGCGGCUGGACAAGGUCCAUUCUGUGAAGCAUCUGACUUCUACAAAGCUGUAGAUCCUGUUGAUAAGCCAGGCUCACCAACAAAAUUGAAGGUUGUGGAUACAACUAAGACAUCUGUCACCCUUGGCUGGAUUAAACCUACUUAUGAUGGAGGAAGUCCGAUUACCAGCUAUGUGGUUGAGAAAAGGGAAGGUGAAGAGCAAGAAUGGACUAUAGUCAGCUCUAAGGGAGAAGUGAGAACAACUGAAUAUGUUGUCUCCCACCUUCAGCCAAGCAUUAAUUAUUAUUUCCGUGUCUCUGCUAUAAAUUGUGCUGGACAAGGAGAGCCUAUUGAAAUGACAGAGCCUGUUCAAGCUAAAGAUAUUCUCGUGGCACCAGAGAUUGAUCUGGAUGUUGCCCUCCGGACCUCUAUCAUUGCUAAAGCAGGUGAAGAUGUGGAAAUAAUGAUUCCAUUCAAAGGAAGACCUCCUCCAACUGUCACAUGGAGAAAGGGUGACAAAAAUCUCGGAACUGAUGAAAAAUAUAUCAUCCAGAAUACAGAAUCAUCAACAUUACUUUCUAUUCCUCAAGUUACCCGAGAUGACACAGGAAAAUAUGUUCUUACAAUUGAAAAUGGAGUUGGAGAACCCAAAUCAUCAUUUGUGAAUGUGAAGGUACUUGACACACCAUCUGCCUGCCAGAAGCUGCAGCUUAAGCAUGUUUCUCGUGGCACAGUUACAUUGGUAUGGGAGCCACCUCUCAUUAAUGGUGGUUCUGAAAUAACAAAUUAUGUUGUUGAAAAAAGAGAUGCUACAAAGAGGGCCUGGUCAACUGUAACAACAAAGUGUUCUCAAACUACCUUUAAGCUAACUAACCUGUCAGAAAAGACUGCGUUCUUCUUCCGUGUUCUUGCUGAAAAUGAAAUUGGACUGGGUGAGCCUUGUGAGACAUCUGAACCAGUGAAAGCUGCAGACGUACCAGGACCUAUAAAAGACCUUGCCAUGAAAGAUUCUACAAAAACUUCUGUUAAAUUGCAUUGGAGCAAACCGGACUAUGAUGGUGGUAGCAUUAUAUCAGACUACAUUAUUGAAAAGAAACUGCAGGAAGAAAAGGAAUGGACAUAUGCAGGCACAAGCAAGAGCUGUGAAUUUGAAGUUGAAAGACUUAAAGAGCUGUCUAUCAUGGAAUUCAGAGUCUUUGCAAAAAAUGAAAAAGGCAUGAGUGAUGGUGUUACUGUUGGACCCAUUACAGUGAAAGAAUAUAUAAUAACACCAGAAGCUGACCUUUCUGACAUUCCUGGAGGUCAAAUCAGUGUGCGAAUUGGGCACAACCUUCACAUUGAACUGCCCUAUAAGGGUAAACCUAAGCCAUCAAUGAGCUGGCUGAAGGACAACCUCCCUCUUAAAGAAACUGAACAUCUUCGUUUCAAGAAAACUGAAAACAAGAUAAGCUUAAGUAUCAAGAAUGUGAAAAAGGAGCAUGGUGGCAAAUAUACUUUGAUUCUUGAUAAUGUUGUCUCCAGAAAAACAUUUACAAUCACUGUCAUCACUCUUGGUCCACCAUCUAAGCCAAAAGGACCCUUAAGACUAGAUGAAGUCAAAGCAGAUAGUGUAGUUUUGUCAUGGGAAGCUCCUGAAGAUGAUGGGGGAGGUGAAAUUACUGGCUACAGUAUUGAGAAAAGAGAAACUUCUCAAAUGAACUGGAAGCUGGUGUGCUCGAGUGCUGCUAGAACAACUUUCAAAGUACCAAACCUCGUUAAAGACACUGAAUAUCAGUUUAGAGUCCGUGCAGAAAACAGAUACGGAGUAAGCCCACCUCUUGUCUCAGCAGAUGUUGUGGCAAAGCAUCAAUUCAGAACACCAGGUGCACCAGGCAAGCCUGUUGUAUACAAUGUAACUGCUGAUGGAAUGACCAUUGCGUGGGAUGCUCCUGCUUAUGAUGGCGGUUCAGAAAUCAUUGGCUACCACGUUGAAAAGAAGGAGAGAAACAGUAUUUUGUGGCAGAAGGUUAAUGUUGCAUUAAUAUCUAGCAGAGAAUACAGGAUUACUGGGCUAGUUGAGGGUCUGGAUUACCAGUUCCAAGUGUAUGCAGAAAACACUGCCGGUCUAAGCCGAGCCAGCGAGCCAAGCAAGUUUACUUUGGCAGUCUCUCCAGUAGAUCCACCUGGUACUCCUGAUUACAUUGAUGUCACCAGAGAAACAGUCACUCUUAAAUGGACCCCCCCACUGCGUGAUGGAGGCAGUAAGAUUGUGGCCUACAGUAUUGAGAAGCGGCAAGGAAGUGAAGACCGGUGGCUGAGAUGUAACUUUACUGAUGUCAGUGAAUGCCAAUAUACAGUUACAGGACUUAGUCCAGGUGAUCGAUAUGAAUUCAGAGUGCUUGCAAGAAAUGCUGUUGGUACCAUCAGCCCACCUUCACAGUCUUCAGGCUAUAUCAUGACCAGAGAUGAAAAUGUUGCUCCAACAAUUGAAUUUGGCCCUGAGCACUUUGAAGGCCUAACUGUUAAAGCUGGAGAGAGCAUUAGACUUAAAGCUUUAAUUAAAGGACGUCCAGUACCUAAGGUGACAUGGUUUAAGGAUGGCAAGGAGAUUGAAAAAACAAUGAGUAUAGAAAUAACUACAGGUAUUGGAUAUAGCACAAUCUUCAUUAGAGAUGCUACCCGGGAUCAUCGUGGAGUGUACACAGUAGAAGCCAAAAAUGCAUCAGGCACUAAACGAGAAGACAUUACAUUCAGAAUACAAGACACACCAGGAAAAGUUGGUGGACCAAUACGAUUCACAAACAUCACUGGAGAAAAAGUGACAUUAUGGUGGGAGCCUCCUGCUAAUGAUGGUUGUGCUUCUAUUUCCCACUACAUCAUUGAAAAGCGUGAAACCAGCAGGAUUGCAUGGGCAUUAGUUGAUGACAAGUGUGAAGCUUGCAGCUACACUGCACUUAAAUUAAUUAAAGGCAAUGAGUACCAGUUCCGUGUCUCUGCAGUAAACAAAUUUGGAGUUGGCAGACCAUUGGAGUCUGAUCCAGUUGUAGCACAAAUACCUUACACUCUUCCCGAUGCCCCAGGAACACCAGAGCCCACUAACGUAACAGGAGACAGUAUCACUCUGACAUGGGCAAGACCGAAGUCAGAUGGUGGAAGUGAGAUAAAUGAAUAUAUUCUAGAAAGGAGAGAAAAGAAGAGCAUGCGCUGGGUUAAAGUGAUCAGUAAGAGGCCCAUUGCUGAGAACAGAUACAGAGUAACUGGCCUUAUUGAAGGCAACGAAUAUGAAUUCCAUGUCAUGGCUGAAAAUGCUGCAGGAGUUGGACCUCCAAGUGAUGUUUCAAAGCUAAUUAAAUGCAGAGAACCAGUUAGCCCACCUAGUGCACCUAAUGUCGUAAGGGUGACGGAUACAUCAAAGACUAGUGUAAGCUUAGAGUGGACCAAACCAGUUUUUGAUGGCGGUAUGGAAAUAAUUGGAUACAUUAUUGAAAUGUGCAAAGCUGAUCUAGAAACAUGGCAGAAAGUCAAUGCAGAGACUGUUCUUGCUACUAAAUAUACCGUGGUUGAUCUGGAGGCAGGAGAACACUAUAAAUUCAGAGUGAGUGCAGUCAAUGGUGCUGGCAAAGGAGAAAGCUGUGAAGUUCCUGCAUCAGUCCAAACUGUAGACAGGCUUUCUGCACCUGAAAUUGACAUUGAUGCAAACUUCAAGCAGACUCACAUUGUGAGAGCAGGUGCAAGUAUUCGCCUAUUUAUUGCCUUCUCUGGAAGACCUGUUCCCACUGCUGUGUGGUCCAAAGCAGAUGCAAAUCUGAGCUUGCGUGCUGACAUUCAAACCACUGACUCAUUUAGCACAUUGACUGUGGAGGAAUGCAAUAGAAACGAUGCUGGCAAAUAUGUCUUUACUGUGGAAAACAACAGUGGAAGUAAGUCAAUUACAUUUACUGUCAAGGUGUUGGACACUCCUGGUCCACCUGGUCCUAUUACAUUUAAGGAUGUGACCCGAGGAUCUAUUACUUUAAUGUGGGAUGCUCCUGUACUGGAUGGAGGUUCACGUAUUCAUCACUACAUUGUGGAAAAACGGGAAGCAAGCCGUCGUAGCUGGCAAGUGGUGAGUUCAAAAUGCACUCGACAAAUCUUUAAGGUCACUGAUCUGGCAGAAGGUGUUCCAUAUUACUACCGAGUGUCAGCAGAAAAUGAAUAUGGCGUAGGUGAACCUUGUGAGUUGACGGAACCAAUUGUAGCCACUGAAGAACCUGCACCACCUAAGAGAUUAGAUAUUGUCGAUACUACCAAAUCUUCUGUAGUUUUAGCUUGGCUUAAACCUGACCAUGAUGGUGGUAGUCGUGUUACUGGGUACCUUCUUGAAAUGAAACAGAAAGGCUCUGACAAAUGGAUUCCGGCUGGUCAAACCAAGCAACUUACUUUCACUGUUGAAGGCCUUGUGGAAAACACUGAGUAUGAGUUCCGGGUCAAGGCAAAGAACGAUGCUGGCUACAGUGAGCCAAGAGAAGCUUUCUCUUCUGUUAUCAUUAAAGAGCCACAGAUUGAACCAACAGCAGAUCUCAGUGAAAUAAGCAGACAACUCAUAACAUGCAAGGCUGGAAGCACUUUUACUAUUGAUAUACCAAUUAGUGGCCGCCCAGCUCCAAAAGUGACAUGGAAACUUGAGGAGAUGAGGCUGAAGGAAACUGAGAGAGUUACCAUCAAGACAACAAAAGACAGAACCACACUGACAGUAAAGGACAGUAUGAGAGGCGACUCUGGGAAAUACUACCUCACGCUUGAAAACACUGCUGGCGUGAAAACAUUCACUGUCACAGUGGUAGUCAUAGGACGGCCAGGUCCAGUCACUGGCCCAAUUGAAAUAUCAUCGGUCUCUGCUGAAUCCUGUGUGUUGACCUGGAAAGAACCUGAAGACGAUGGUGGCAGUGAUAUUACAAACUACAUUGUAGAGAAACGUGAAUCUGGCACAACAGCAUGGCAGCUGGUAAAUUCGAGUGUAAAACGUACACAGAUCAAAGUCACCCGUCUCACAAAAUACCAGGAGUACAGUUUUCGAGUAAGCUCAGAAAACAGAUUUGGAGUCAGCAAACCCCUUGAAUCAAAAACUGUAGUUGCUGAACAUCCAUUUGUCCCACCAAGCCCACCUUCAAGGCCAGAAGUCUAUUCCGUGUCUGCAAAUGCCAUGGCAAUUCGUUGGGAGGAACCCUAUCAUGAUGGUGGCAGCAAAGUCAUUGGAUACUGGGUUGAAAAGAAAGAGCGCAACACCAUCCUUUGGGUGAAGGAAAAUAAAGUGCCAUGCUGUGAAUGCAACUUCAAAAUCACUGGGCUGGUGGAAGGGCUAGAAUAUCAAUUCAGAACCUAUGCUCUAAAUGCUGCAGGUGUUAGCAAAGCUAGUGAAGCUUCCAGACCUGUAGUGGCUCAAAAUCCAGUUGAUCCACCGGGAAGGCCAGAAGUAACAGAUGUCACCAGAUCUACAGUGUCCCUGAGCUGGUCACCACCACUUUACGAUGGUGGAAGUAAAGUUAUUGGAUACAUCAUUGAACGGAAGCCAUAUAAUGAAUCUGGUGAUGGACGCUGGCUGAAAUGCAAUUAUACCAUAGUCUCAGAAAACUUCUUUACAGUGACAGCUCUUGGUGAAGAUGAAGCAUAUGAAUUCCGUGUUCUAGCAAAGAAUGCAGCUGGUGUGAUUAGCAAAGGAUCUGAAUCAACCGGUGCUGUCAUUUGCAAAGAUGAAUACUCACCACCAAAGGCUGAACUCGAUGCCAGGUUGCAGGGAGAAGUUGUAACCAUUAGGGCUGGAUCUGAUCUUGUUCUUGAUGCGGCCAUUGGUGGGAAACCAGAACCAAAAGUCUUCUGGUCCAAAGGAGAUAAGGAAUUGGACCUAUGUGAAAAGAUAUCUCUGCAGUACACCAGCAAACGAGCCAUUGCAAUUAUCAAGUUCUGUGACAGAAGUGAUAGUGGAAAAUAUACUCUAACAGUGAAAAAUGCCAGUGGGACAAAGCAAAUUUCUGUUCUUGUCAAAGUGCUUGAUUCACCAGGUCCAUGCGCAGGAAAAAUCACAGUAAGCAGGAUAACUGAAGAGAAGUGCACUCUGGCGUGGAAUAUUCCUGAGGAGGAUGGAGGUGCACAAAUCACUCACUACAUUGUAGAAAGGCGCGAAACCAGCAGACUUCACUGGGUUAUUGUUGAGGCCGAAUGCCAGACAUUAUCAUGUGUGGUAACAAAACUUAUUAAAAAUAACGAGUACAUCUUCCGUGUCAGAGGUGUCAACAAAUAUGGGCCAGGUGUUCCACUUGAAACAGAACCUAUCAUUGCCAGGAAUGCUUUCACUAUCCCAACACAGCCUGGUACUCCUGAAGAAGUGAGUGUUGGCAAGGAACACAUCAUCAUUCAGUGGACAAAACCAGAAUCAGAUGGUGGCAGUGAGAUUAAGGAUUAUCUUGUAGACAAACGUGAAAGGAAAAGUCUGCGCUGGACACGAGUGAACAGAGAUUACACUAUUUAUGAUACCAGACUGAAAGUUACUGGUCUUAUGGAAGGUGGUCAGUACCAGUUCCGUGUCACUGCAGUGAAUGCUGCUGGAAACAGCGAGCCUAGCGAAGCUUCACAAUAUAUGUUAUGCAAGGAACCAUCAUAUACUCCUGCAGCACCUUCAGCUCCAAGAGUUGUGGACACUACUAUGCACAGCAUAAGUUUAGCGUGGUCAAAGCCCACAUAUGAUGGUGGUGCUGACAUCUUAGGCUACGUUCUUGAGAUGAAGGAAGAAGGUACUGAACAGUGGUACCGACCACAUACAACUCCCACUCUGAGGAAUGCUGAGUUCACUGUAACUGGUCUUAAAACAACCCAGAAAUACCAAUUUAGAGUUGCUGCUACCAAUGUGAAUGGUAUGAGUGAAUUUAGUGAAUCAUCAGCAGAAAUAGAACCUGUGGAAAGAAUAGAAAAACCUGAGCUUGAGCUUGCUGAUGACCUGAGGAAGACAGUAACAGUGAGAGCUGGUGGUUCCCUGCGUCUGAUGGUCUCUGUGUCGGGUAGACCUGCUCCUGUAAUCACAUGGAGCAAGCAGGGUAUUGACCUUGUAAGUCGAGGUAUUAUUGAUACUACAGACAGCUACACUCUACUUAUUGUGGAUAAAGUUAAUCGGUACGAUGCUGGAAAGUAUGUAAUUGAAGCUGAAAAUCAAUCAGGAAAAAAAUCAGCAACUAUUUCUGUGAAAGUGUAUGAUACACCCGGUCCACCAGCUGCAGUGAGAAUUAAGGAAGUAUCAAGAGAUUCUGCAACACUUAAUUGGGACAUUCCAACCAUUGAUGGUGGAGCCCCUGUCAGCAAUUAUAUAAUUGAGAAACGUGAAGCUUCCAUGAGAGCUUACAAGACUGUCACUACCAAAUGCAGCAAGACAUUUUAUAGAGUUACUGGACUUCUGGAAGGAGCUUUGUAUUAUUUCAGAGUACUGCCAGAAAAUAUUUAUGGCAUUGGUGAAGCUUGUGAGACAUCUGACGCAGUAUUAGUAUCUGAUGUACCUAUGCCACCACAAAAACUGGAAGUGAUCGACAUCACCAAAUCAACUGUUACUCUUGCUUGGGAGAAACCACCACAUGAUGGUGGCAGCAGAUUGACUGGCUAUGUUAUUGAGGCCAGCAAAGCUGGAACAGAAAGAUGGUUGAAGGUAGUGACAGUAAAGCCUACUGUCUAUGAACAUACAAUUAUCUCUCUCAAUGAAGGCGAACAGUACUUGUUCAGGGUCAGAGCACAGAAUCAGAAGGGUGUUUCAGAAGCACGAGAGAUUGUCACAGCAGUAACAGUACAGGACCAAAAAGUUCUGCCUACAAUUGACCUUGCCGGAAUACCUCAGAAGACAAUUCAUGUACCUGCUGGCAAGCCCAUCGAGUUAGCUAUUCCAAUUGGAGGACGACCACCUCCAGCUGCAUCUUGGUUCUUGGCUGGUUCUAAACUAAAAGAAUCAGAACGCAUCAAAAUGGAGACUGCUGCCAAAAUGGCUAAACUGACAGUUCGUGAGACCACCAUUCAUGACACUGGAGAGUAUACACUUGAACUGAAGAACACAACUGGAACAGUUACUGAUACAGUAAAAGUUAUAAUCCUUGACAAACCUGGACCACCUGUUGGACCUAUCCGAAUUGAUGAAAUUGAUUCAAAUUAUGUAACCAUCUCCUGGGAGCCACCUGAGCUGGACGGUGGAGCUACACUUAGUGGCUAUGUGGUAGAGCAGCGUGACGCUCACCGUCCUGGAUGGCUGCCAGUUUCAGAGUCGGUAACCAGAACAACAUACAAGUUCACCAGGCUUGUUGAAGGUGCAGAAUACGUGUUCCGUGUGGCUGCUACAAACCGCUUUGGAAUUGGAUCUUACCUGCAGUCUGAGAUUAUAGAAUGCAAGAGCAGAAUUCGUAUCCCUGGCCCUCCUGGCACUCCAGAAGUGUUUGAUGUCUCUCGAGAUGGUAUGACAUUAACUUGGCAUCCUCCAGAUGAUGAUGGUGACUCUCAGAUUACUGGUUAUAUUGUGGAACGCAAAGAAGUUAGAGCAGAUAGAUGGAUUCGUGCAAACAAAGUUCCAGUCACUAUGACUCGUUACCGUUCCACUGGGUUGGUUGAAGGAUUAGAAUAUGAACACCGCAUCACAGCAAUCAAUGCAAGAGGUGCUGGGAAACCCAGUCGUCCUUCCAAGUCUGUUGUUGCCAGGGAUCCAAUUGCUCCUCCAGGGAAACCUCAGAAUCCAAGAGUCACUGACACUACAAGAACGUCUGUCUCUCUGGCUUGGAGUCCACCAGAAGAUGAAGGUGGCUCUAAAGUCACCGGCUACUUAAUUGAGAUGCAGAAGGUAGAUCAAUUUGAAUGGACCAAAUGCAAUACCACUCCCACCAAGAUUCGUGAAUACACUUUGACACAUCUACCACAAGGCGCAGAGUACAGAUUCCGCGUGCUAGCCUGUAAUGCUGGUGGGCCAGGAGAACCUGCUGAAGUGCCAGGAACGGUCAAAAUUACUGAAAUGCUUGAAUAUCCUGACUUUGAACUUGAUGAAAAAUACCAGGAAGGUCUCAUGGUGAGACAAGGUGGAGUUAUCAGGCUUACAAUACCCAUUAAGGGUAAGCCCAUUCCGGUAUGCAAAUGGACCAAAGAAGGACAUGACAUCAGCAAAAGGGCCAUGAUUGCAACCUCCGAAACUCACACAGAACUUGUGAUCAAAGAUGCAGAAAGAGAAGAUUCUGGCACCUACGAUCUGGCACUUGAAAACAAGUGUGGCAAAAAAGCUGUGUAUAUUAAAGUCAGAGUGAUUGGCAUUCCAAAUCCACCAGAAGGGCCUCUUGAGUAUGAUGAUAUACAAGCUCGUUCUGUCAGAGUAAGCUGGAGACCUCCUACAGAUGAUGGUGGUGCAGAUAUACUAGGUUAUAUUGUUGAGAGACGAGAAGUACCAAAGACUGCCUGGUACACUGUUGAUUCUAGAGUAAAAGGGACAUCUUUGGUGGUGAAAGGUCUAAAAGAAAAUGUGGAAUAUCACUUCCGUGUUUCUGCGGAAAAUCAUUUUGGCAUUAGCAAAUCUCUCAAAUCUGAAGAACCAGCUGUACCAAAGACACCGCUGAAUCCUCCGGAGCCUCCAAACAACCCACCUGAAGUGCUUGAUGUCACAAAGAGUUCAGUUAACUUGUCCUGGUCCAGACCUAAAGAUGAUGGUGGUUCUCGUGUAACUGGGUACUACAUUGAACGUAAGGAGACAUCUACAGAAAAAUGGGUCCGGCAUAACAAAACGCAGAUCACUACUACAAUGUACACAGUCACCGGACUUGUUCCAGAUGCUGAAUAUCAGUUCCGUGUUGUUGCUCAAAAUGAAAUUGGUGAAAGUGAAGCAAGUCCUGCUUCUGAACCAGUUGUAUGCAAGGAUCCAUUUGACAAACCAAGCCAACCUGGAGAAAUUGAGAUCACUUCGAUAUCGAAGGACAGCAUUACAAUGGAAUGGGAACGACCUGAAAGUGAUGGUGGCAAAGAGAUCCUAGGAUACUGGGUUGAAUAUCGACAGUCUGGAGAAAGCACCUGGAAAAAAUGCAAUAAAGAACUCAUCAAGGACAGACAGUUUACAGUAGGAGGUUUAUUGGAGGCCACAGAAUAUGAAUUCCGUGUUUUUGCAGAAAAUCAGACUGGCCUCAGCAGACCUCGAAGGACUGCUAUGGCAGUGAAAACUAAAUUAACAUCUGGAGAAGCACCUGCCAUAAGAAAAGAAAUGCAGGAUGUUACAACUAAACUGGGUGAAGCAGCUCAGCUGACAUGCCAGAUUGUUGGGAGACCUCUUCCUGAUAUUAAAUGGUACCGCUUUGGCAAAGAAUUGGUGCAGAGCCGAAAAUACAAAAUGUCAUCUGAUGGACGCAACCAUACACUGACAGUAUUAACAGAUGAACAAGAGGAUGAAGGUCUCUACACUUGUAUGGCUACCAACGAUGUCGGAGAAAUUGAAACUAGUGGCAAGCUAUUGUUGCAGGCUCCUCCUCAGUUCCAUCCUGGCUUCCCAUUGAAAGAGAAAUACUAUGCUGGUGCUGGUGGCACUCUCCGCCUUCACGUUGUGUAUAUUGGCCGACCAGUACCAGCAAUAACUUGGUUCCAUAGCAACAAACCUCUGAGAGGAUCAGAAUCAGUUACUAUUGAGAACACAGAGCAGUAUACUCAUCUUGCAAUUAAGAAUGUCCAGCACAAAACUCAUGCUGGGAAGUACAAAGUGCAACUCAGUAACACGUUUGGAACAGUUGACACCGUACUUAAUGUGGAAAUACAAGAUAAGCCAGAUAAACCAGAAGGGCCGAUCGUUAUAGAAUCUGUACUAAAGAACUCUGUGGUGAUUAGCUGGAAACCACCACAGGACGAUGGAGGUGCUAUGAUAACAAAUUACGUCAUAGAGAAACGUGAAGCCAAGGAAGGAGCAGAAUGGGAACUUGUAUCUUCAAGCAUUUCAGGCACAACUUGUAGAAUUGUUAAUCUAACUGAAAAUGCAGGCUAUUAUUUCCGUGUUUCUGCUCAGAAUACAUAUGGAAUUAGUGAAGCACUGGAAGUCUCAUCAGUUGUCGUUAUGAAGCCUCCAUUUGAAAAACCGGGACAACCUGGUCAGCCAGUUGCAAGUGCUAUCACAAAAGAUUCUUGUGUUGUCUCAUGGAAGCCACCUGCGAGUGAUGGAGGUGCAAAGAUCAGAACAUACUAUCUUGAGAAGCGUGAGAAGAAACAAAACAAGUGGAUUUCUGUAACAACAGAUGAAAUUCGUGAAACUGUAUUCUCUGUGAAAGACCUUAUUGAAGGCCUUGAAUACGAGUUCCGUGUAAAAUGUGAAAAUCUAGGUGGUGAAAGCGAGUGGAGUGAGGUAUCACAACCAGUUAUUCCAAAAUCUGAUGUACCAAUUCAAGCUCCACAUUUCAAGGAAGAACUAAGAAACCUGAAUGUGAAAUUUCAAGCUAACGCCACAUUUGUCUGCAAAGUCACUGGUCAUCCUAAACCAGUCGUCAAAUGGUACAGGCAGGGCAAAGAAAUCAUGCCGGAUGGUGAAAAGAUCAAAAUACAGGAAUUCAAGGGUGGAUACCACCAGCUAAUCAUUACAAAUGUAACAGAUGAUGAUGCCACAGUAUAUCAAGUUAGAGCUACCAAUCAAGGAGGAUCAGUGUCUGGCACUGCCUCUUUGGAUGUUGAAGUUCCUGCAAAGAUUCACUUGCCCAAAAACCUGGAAGGUAUGGGAGCCGUUCAUGCCCUCCGAGGGGAAGUAGUGAGCAUCAAGAUCCCAUUCAGUGGCAAGCCUCCCCCUGUGAUCACAUGGCAGAAGGGACAGGAUCUCAUUGAUACUAAUGGACAUUACCAAGUCAUUGUUACAAGAUCAUUCACAUCUCUUGUUUUCCCAAAUGGUGUUGACAGAAAAGAUGCAGGUUUUUACAUUGUUUGUGCCAAAAACAGAUUUGGAAUUGAUCAAAAAACAGUUGAAUUAGAUGUGGCUGAUGUGCCUGAUCCACCAAGAGGUUUGAAAGUAACAGACAUUUCGAGGGAUUCAGUCAACUUAACCUGGAUUGAACCAGCCACUGAUGGUGGGAGCAGGAUCGUAAACUACAUUAUUGAGAAACGUGCUACAACAGCAGAGCGAUGGAUUCGUGUUGCACAAGCUCGUGAGACACGAUACACAGUAGUGAACCUAUUUGGCAAGACCACCUAUCAGUUCCGUGUAAUUGCAGAAAACAAGUUUGGCCAAAGCCAGCCUUCUGAACCUACUGAUCCAAUUAUAACAAAGGAAGAUAAGACUAGAGUAAUGAACUAUGAUGAAGAGGUUGAUGAAACCAGAGAAGUCACCACAGCUAAAGCUACUCACUAUUCUACAAAGGAACUCUACGACAAAUACAUGAUUGCAGAAGAGCUUGGACGUGGGCAGUUUGGCAUUGCACACCGCUGUGUUGAGGCAGUUUCAAAGAAGACUUACCUGGCUAAGUUUGUCAAAGUAAAAGGUGCUGACCAAGUUUUGGUAAAGAAAGAAAUUUCUAUUCUAAACAUUGCUAGGCACCGAAAUAUCCUGUAUCUUCACGAAUCGUUUGAGAGCCUUGAAGAAUUGGUCAUGAUCUUUGAAUUCAUUUCGGGAGUCGAUAUCUUUGAAAGAAUCAGCACAGCUUCAUUUGAACUGAAUGAAAGAGAAAUAGUAAGUUAUGUACGCCAGGUCUGUGAUGCACUAGAAUUCUUACAUCGCCACAGCAUUGGACAUUUUGAUAUCAAACCAGACAAUAUUAUUUAUUUCACAAGAAGGAGCUCCGUAGUUAAAAUUGUCGAAUUUGGGCAAGCCAGACAACUGAAGCCUGGAGACAGCUUUAGACUCCAGUUCACUUCACCUGAAUAUUAUGCACCUGAAGUACAUCACCAUGAUCUGGUCAGCACAGCAACUGACAUGUGGUCAGUUGGUGCUCUAACCUACAUACUUCUCAGCGGCAUUAAUCCUUUCAUUGCUGAAACAAAUCAACAAGUUAUUGAAAAUAUUCUAAAUGCUGAAUACAAUUUUGAUGAUGAAGCAUUCAAAGACAUAAGCAUUGAGGCUAUGGACUUCAUUGAUCGCCUGUUAGUAAAGGAAAGAAAAGCUCGAAUGACAGCUGCUGAAGCACUUAAUCACACAUGGCUUAAACAGAAAACAGAGAAGACUAGCACUAAAACCAUCAAGACCUUAAGACACAGGCGUUACUACCACACUCUAGUAAAGAAGGAGUGGAACACAGUUGUGUCAGUAGCCCGUAUUUCCUGUGGAGGUGCAAUUAGAUCUCAGAAAGGAGUAACAGUGGCCAAAGUUAAAGUUGCUCCAAUAGACAUUGGUCCCAUUACUGGGCAGAUAAACCAUGCUGCUGCAGAAGAAGGAGGGCAUGCCAAAUACGUGUGUAAGAUUGAAAACUAUGAUCAGUCCACACAGGUCACCUGGUACUUCGGUAUGAGGCAACUAGAAAACAAUGAGAAAUAUGAAAUUAAUUAUGAAGAAGGUGUGGCAACAAUGUAUGUCAAAGAUAUUUCUAAAUCAGAUGAUGGAACCUACAGAUGCAAGGUUGUAAACGACUACGGUGAAGACAGCUCUUAUGCAGAACUUUUUGUUAAAGGUGUGAGAGAAAUGUCUGAGCACUACAGAUGUAGAGCUGUUAGGAAAGUGAAACGCCGGGUUGAUGCAAUGAGACUCUUAGAGCGUCCACCAGAAUUUACUUUGCCUUUGUAUAAUCGCACUGCAUAUGUUGGAGAAAAUGUCAGGUUUGGUGUAACUAUAACAGUCCACCCAGAACCUCGAUUGACGUGGUUCAAAUCGGGCCAGAGAAUCAAACCUGGUGAUGACGAUAAGUAUACUUUUGAAUCAGACAAAGGUCUUUACCAACUCAUCAUCAAUAAAGUCACUGAAGAGGACGAUGCUGAAUACAGUAUUAUAGCACGCAAUAAAUAUGGGGAAGACAGCUGCAAAGCUAAGCUGACUGUGAUUCCGCAUCCACCUCCAGCAGAUACUACGCUGAGGCCAAUGUUUAAAAGGCUGCUGGCCAAUGCUGAAUGCCAAGAAGGCCAAAAUGUCAGUUUUGAGAUCAGGGUAUCUGGUAUACCAAAGCCGACACUGACAUGGGAGAAAGAUGGUCAACCUCUAUCCUUUGGUCCUAACUUUGAUAUAAUUCAUGAAGGUUUAGAUUACUAUGCUUUGCAUAUCAGAGAUACUUUACCAGAAGACAGCGGUUAUUACAGAGUUACUGCUACAAACAGCGCUGGAUCUACAAGCUGCCAGGCUUAUCUAAAAGUCGAACGCCUGAAAUAUGUCAAGCGUGAGUACAAGACUGAAGAAGAGCGGGAGAAGCAUGUACAAAGGCAAAUUGACAAGACCUUAAGAAUGGCAGAGAUCCUUUCUGGGGUUGAAGCUGUUCCAUUGACACAAACUGCACAAGAGGCUCUCAGAGAAGCUGCUAUCUUAUACAAACCAGCUGUCAGCACUAAGACUGUCAAAGGUGAAUAUGAAAUUAAGAAAGAAGAAAAGAAGGAAGAAAGAAAACUUCGUAUGCCGUAUGAGGUUCCAGAGCCUCGCAAACAUGUGCGCACUACUCUUGAGGAAGAUCAGACCAUUAAACACUUUGUGCCUCUGUCAGAUAUGAAAUGGUACAAGAGGCUGCGAGACCAGUAUGAAAUGCCAGGAAAACUUGAGAGAACUGUUCAGAAACGCCAGAAACGCAUACGUCUUUCCAGGUGGGAACAGUUCUAUGUGAUGCCACUGCCACGCAUUUCUGAUCAGUAUAAGCCUAAAUGGCGCAUACCAAAGCUAACACAAGAUGAUCUUGAAACUGUGAGACCAGCACGUCGGCGUGCACCAUCUCCAGAUUACGAAUUCUACUACAGACCAAGGAGGAGGUCACUUGGUGAUUUAUCUGAUGAGGAAUUACUCCUGCCUAUUGAGGACUAUUUAGCCAUGAAGAGAACUGAAGAGGAAAGACUGCGCCUCGAAGAAGAGCUCGAGCUAGGCUUUUCUGCUUCCCCACCAAGUAGAAGCCCUCCACGCUUUGAGCUGUCUGCGCUUCGGUACUCGACUGCAGGAACACAGGUCCAGUCAGAGGAAGAAAGAAAGAGAGAGCUGAGGUAUUCCAGCUACCAUAUCCCAACUAAAGCUGACACAAGUGCAAGCUAUGCAGAGCUACGUCAGCGCUAUGACAGAGCUGCCUACAGACCCCCCAAACAAAAGCAAAGAAUAAUGGCUGAAAGAGAGGAUGAAGAAUUGCUCCGUCCUGUUGGUGCUACUCAAAGACUCUCUGAGUACAAGAGUGAGCUGGAAUAUAUGGCAGAAGAGGAAAAGAGCAGACUUAGGAGAAGGAGGGAAAGAGAAAUAACUGAGAUCACAUCAGAAGAAGAAGAAGAAAUAGAAAUGGUGCAACAUGUUCACAGGGAAUUUUCACCUCCUUCCAGAUUACUAAGGAGAAGAAGAUCCCUUUCUCCAACUUACAUUGAGUUGAUGCGCCCUGUAUCUGAAUUAAUUAGACCCCGUUCACGACCUCCCGAGGAAAGUGAAAGAAGAUCCCCAACACCAGAGAGAACUCGACCACGUUCACCUAGCCCGGUUUCUACUGAAAGAUCACUCUCUCGGUUUGAAAGGAUGGCAAGAUUUGACAUCUUUUCUCGAUAUGAGUCCAUGAAAUCUGCUUUGAAAACACAGAAAACUAUGGAAAGGAAAUACGAAGUCCUAACUCAACAGCCUUUCACCCUUGACCAUGCUCCUCGCAUCACCCUGAGAAUGCGCUCACACCGUGUGCCAUGUGGCCACAACACCAGGUUUAUUCUGAAUGUCCAGUCAAAGCCAACGGCUGAUGUGAAGUGGUACCACAAUGGUAUUGAGCUCCAGGAGAGCAGUAAGAUACAUUUCUCGAAUACCAGCGGGGUAUUAACACUGGAAAUUCUCGACUGCCAUAUUGAUGACAGUGGAACAUACAGGGCUGUAUGCACAAACUACAAAGGAGAAUGUUCUGAUUAUGCAACCUUAGAUGUUACUGGAGGAGAUUACACUACAUACUCUUCCCAGCGGAGAGACGAAGAAGUACCAAGGUCAAUUUUACCUGACCUGACAAGAACAGAGGCAUAUGCAGUCUCAUCAUUUAAGAAAGCAUCUGCUACAGAAGCAAGUUCCUCAGUAAGAGAGGUCAAAUCAGAAGUGUCAGCAACAAGAGAGUCACUUCUAUCAUAUGAACACUACGCUUCUUCUGAAGAAAAAAUCACUGCCUCAGAAGAGAAAUCACUGGAAGAAAGGACAGUACAUAAGGCAUUUAAGAGCACUCUGCCAGCAACGAUCCUUACAAAACCGCGGUCAAUCACAGUUUCCGAAGGCGAGACUGCAAGAUUUUCGUGUGACGUUGAUGGUGAACCAGCACCAACAAUAACAUGGGUCCGUGCGGGUCAACCUAUUGUUUCUUCCAGGCGCUUCCAAGUAACACGGACACAGUACAAAUCUACUUUUGAAAUUUCUUUGGUCCAGAUUUCAGAUGAAGGAAGUUACACUGUUGUGGUGGAAAACUCUGAAGGAAGACAGGAAGCGCACUUCACUUUGACCGUUCAAAGAAAAAGAAUCCCUGAAAAAGCAAUUACGUCACCUCCGAGAGUCAAAUCUCCUGAGCCUCGUGUAAAGUCUCCAGAGCCAGUUAAGUCUCCUAAACGAGUGAAAUCUCCUGAACCCAUCAGUGCCCACCCAAAAGCCAAGUCACCACCUGGAGACAAAACAGCACCAGUGGAGAAAUUACCAACUGCUUCUCCUCCAAAGAUAAAAGAGCAACUGAAAGCAGAAACCCUUGGAGAUAAGGUGAAGUUAUCCUGUGCAGUUGAAAGUAGCGCUUUAAGCGUCAGGGAAGUGGCUUGGUAUAAAGACGGCAAAAAACUGAAAGAAGACCGUCAUUUCAAGUUCCAUUAUGCAGCAGAUGGCACAUACGAGCUCAAAAUCCAUGACCUCACAGAAUCUGACAAAGGAGAAUAUACUUGUGAAAUUAUGGGAGAAGGAGGUAUUUCAAAAACUAGCUUCCAGUUUACCGGCCAAGUAUUUAAAAAUAUCCAUUCCCAGGUACGAAGUGUCUCUGAAACUCAUAAAUCAGCCGAGAAAGGAGAUGAAGUACUUACUGUUUCUACCCACAAGAAAUCAUCAGUGGCAGCUGAAGAAAAAGCAGCAAUUGAAGAAGUCAUUAAAAAGUCAAUUGUUACUGAAGAUGUCAAACAAUUGAAAGCAGAAGUUAGAGCUUCUUCGACUCAAAUGACCGUGUCUGAAGGGCAGAAAGUGACUUUGAAAGCCAACGUUCCUGGUGCCUCUGAGGUAAAAUGGGUGCUAAAUGGAAUGGAGCUAAGAAAUUCAGAUGAUUACAGAUAUGGCAUUUCUGGAAGUGAUCACACACUAACUAUCAAGAAGGCUAGUAAUAAAGAUGAAGGUAUACUCACCUGCGAAGGUAAAACUGACGAAGGCGUUAUUAAAUGCCAGUACGUGCUUAUCUUGUCCAAAGAGCGCUCAAACGAACCAGCAUUUAUCAUGCAGCCCAAGUCUCAAAAUGUCAAUGAAGGACAAGAUGUGUUGUUCACCUGUGAAGUUUCUGGCGAUCCUUCUCCCGAAAUUGAAUGGCUUAGGAAUAAUCAACCUAUUGCUGUUUCAUCACAUAUGAGAGUGACUCGCUCUAAAAACACUUAUUCUCUUGAGAUUCGGAAUGCUGCAGUGAGUGACACUGGAAAAUACACAGUUAAGGCUAAAAAUUACCACGGGCAAUGCUCUGCUACAGCCUCUUUGACUGUAUUCCCUCUAAUUGAAGAACCUCCAAAGGAGGUAGUAUUGAAGACAAGUGGCGACGCAAGCAUGCACGAAAGUUUUUCUUCUCAAUCCUUUCAAAUGGCUGCUUCUAAACAAGAGGCUUCAUUCAGCACUUUCAGCAGUAGCAGCAUGACUGAAACGAAAUUUGCAAGCAUGUCUGCCAAAAGCAUGUCCUCCAUGAAAGAAUCCUUUGUAGAGAUGAGCUCCAGCAGUAUUAUGGGGAAAUCUAGUAUGGCUCAACUGGAAAGUUCAACUAGUAAGAUGCUUAAAUCAGGUGUGAGAGGAGUACCACCAAAAAUUGAAGCUCUGCCAUCUGACAUCAGUAUUGAUGAAGGAAAAGUUCUCACAUUAUCUUGUGCUUUUUCGGGUGAACCUGCUCCUGAAAUAACGUGGUACUGCAGAGGGAGAAAAAUUACCAGUCAGGACCAGCAAGGCAGAUUCCACAUUGAAACUAGUGAAGAUCUAACCACCCUGAUCAUCAUGGAUGUCCAGAAGAAUGACGGUGGAAUUUACACUCUGAAUUUAGGAAAUGAAUUUGGUACCGAUUCUGCCACUGUGAAUAUUAAUAUUCGAUCAAUUUAGAAAGCUUGAUCUGUAUUAUUUACACUUGUCUUUUUACAAGUGAUUAAUAUAUGGACUGAUCUGUAAAUAUUAAAAAAAAAUAUUUUUGUACCUACCUGAAUGAGACAAAGUCCAGAGAUAUACGUUAUGACUUAUAGUCAUUAUUGACCUAAGAAUUUUAAACACUUUUUUCACUGACAUGUACAUACUGUAUAUAGCCGAAGUUAACGGUUAUGAAGUUUUGUACCAUUUGUUUUACGACAUUUUGAAAUGUAACUUUUGGAAUUAACAGUUGGUAGGAGAAAGUUUCCUGGCAAACGACUAUCCUGCUCAACAUUUAACUAAUUUUUGUGCCUCAACUCAUUGUUGAUGUUUAAGAAUGCCUCAACAGGUAGAGGGGCUCCCUGUUGAAGAUUACCUACCACCAAGAGAGGAUACUGUGCAUAGUAUUUCAUACAUGCACAAAUAAUUAUGUUGAAUCAGAAAUGUAAGGCACUAGUGAUAUUUACAUUUACCCUCCUGUAAGUAUUACUUUAAUGUUUUACAUUGGAUCUGAUUAUGUCAUAAUUUCCAUACCUGACUGACAAUUUCUGAACAAAGUGCAAGCGGCCAGCACUUUGUUCGACCACUGUUUGGGUGCUGCUUCUGACACACUGACUGUCUGAAUGGCUUUAAAAAAGUAACAUCACCUGGCCAUCCCCAUAAUCAACAAAGCCAUUUAGGUACUCAAGUGCAGCAGCAGUACCAACUCUUGGAGGUUUGUAGGGUGCAGUGAUUGAGUUUGUGUAGUAGUAUUAGACACUUAGUAGUCACUUACAGGCAACUAAGCAGUGAACCACAGUUUGAAAACAAGCUGUUGUUAUAUCAGGUAUUGCCCUGCACUUCAAUUUGCUGUAGUUCUUCUAAUGUAGUAUUAAAUCUAAUUGUUAGAUGUUGAACCUCCUUGAGAUAGAAUUGUUCAUUUAAAAUAAAGCAUGCUUUCUGCACCUUAAA